AUGGCGAUGGAGGACGUGGAUAGUAACGCAGCGGCCGAGGCGUCUAACACCGAAACGGGCAUCAAGAAAGGAGGUGAUGUCGGAGAUAACGGGGCUUGCAUAGACAGGCAGCCGGACACAGUGGUCCACCAAGCGGGGCUGAAUCAGACUGCAGGUCGCGGCAGCCGCAGUGGUCCUGGAGCUCAUGCUGCAACGGGGAUCCGAGUGCUAAAGGCAAGCCAUAAAGGAGAGGAUUUAUUCUUGUGAUGCAGUUGAUGAUUCCAACAUGACACAGUGGUCGGCUAAUAUCUAUAUAUGGUGUUACUUGUCAGUGUUUUCCUUGCAUUGUAGUAGGUGAUCAUAGCUGGGCAAAGUGCACGAGAAUGCAUCCUUGUAAAAUUAUGUAAUGCCUGUGAUGCCCAGUGAUUGAUAUCCUCUAGUUGAUGAUUGAUCUGUGGAUGAUUGCCAUUAAAUGAGGUACCUACCAGAGCCAAUUAGCAGCCACAAACCACACACGUUCACAUGCACACACACUGUGAAGACAGUAAGAACAUUUACAGGAAGGCCCAUUGCUGGAGAGUUUGUAUGAAAUCUUGGGCUAAGAUGGUGUGUAAUGAUACACAAUUCCCUGGGGAAGAAUCCUGGUGUGCUUGUGCUAGCUUGGCAGACACACAUGCACACAGAAUGUGGCUGUUAUUCAAUUAAUGUGUAGGCAAUAUUACAAUAUUAUUCUAUUGGAGGGGUACUCGGAAAACCAUACAAUUCAAUGAGUCAUCAUUUGUAACAAAGGAUUCCACCAUAAAUAUGUUUUUGUAGAGUUGAUUCAACCCUAUACUUUUUCUUGUUCAGAAGUAUUGACCAUUUAAUCUCUUGUUCUUUGACCAGUAUGUGCUACUCUUUAUCAUACCUGUAACCAUGAUCAUAAAGCAAGAAGGCAUCCUGAUGUAGUGAAGUAAUCAGAGGUCACAUCUGAAAUAUCACAAUGAUUAUUGAUUCAGUGGAGCAAAUGAUAUAGUAUGUAUUACAGCUACUCAUUGUCAUUGUAUACAGACCACUCAACCACAUCAUUGAUUGACAAUACAUUCCUAUUUUGUCAGAUGGCAGAAAACAGCACAUUAACCUCUUCCUUUUACACUGAGGACAGGUUGACUGAACAUUCUCAUGAUUAUCCAGCGUGACCCUUUUACACAGUCACACAGUGACACAUUGCCACACCUGGGAACCACUCAGAGGCAUCUGUAGGAUAUUAGUUUUGCUUUUGAGGGAUUCCACCGCUGUAAGCAUCAGUGGUUUUGAUGCUUCAGUUGGACACACCCUGAUAGGAGCUGACUGGGAACAGGGUAGGGCAGUUUACUUUUACUGUAGCAGAUAUAUCAACAGGUGUGAAAUUUCAACUGAUCUCCCAACGGUUGCGGUCCCACCUCUUUAACAGCCAGAAUAAUGAUACUGCAGUUAUGACUGAGUGACGGUUUAUUUUUGUCCCAGGAAAAAGGGAUUGGACUUUUUUAACCCGGUCUUAUUCAUUCACUGACCGAAAACAUGAUCAUUUUCACCUGCUAUAUGGAAUUAAAUUUGAUAGAACAAAAAUAAUUAGCUGCUAAUUAAUUUAAUAAACAAUUUUAAACAUAUUUAUUUAUUUAUCAUUCAUUCGUGCAAAAAAGUACAUUUUUAUUGAACGUUCAAGUGCAAGAUUUCAUCAAGGAAAUUAAGAGCUUUUCAUUUCAAAACAAUUUACCUUUUAAAAAAAUAAACAGUAGUUCAUCAGCAUGAAUACAUAGACAGAAACCCAGAACUGGAAUAGACAUAUCUUCCUACCUCCUAGACAGAUCAAUAUGCUGUUAAGUUUUUUUUGUGCUUGUGGUUAUCCUUCAUGAUCAGUUUAGACUUUAACACAGCUGUUUUCAGAUUUUUAUGAUCUGGCAUUGAAUAAUUUUUGGAUAACAUGAGGUGACUGUACAUCUAACUAACAGUGCUAUGUAAGUGACUGUAGUAAGAGCAAACAAAGAGCUUGGUAAAAAGUGUAAUCACAAGUUUCAUUAUUGUAAUAAUAGGAAUCAACAUUUGCAUACUUGCUAAACAGUGGAUAUUGAUUAUGAAACAUUGAUUUCCUUGUCCUUGAUGGCCUUGUCUGCCUAAGUGCAACAAUAUAGGGGAGGGGUGCUAAUUUAAUUCUACAAGUGUCACUUCCUCAAUAUCCAGAAGUGUCACCUUAACUUGAUUGUGAAAACCUUUAUCUGCUCUAAAUUGCUACUCUCAAAAGUUGCAGAUUAGCUGUGUGGACACUUAGGCUGUUUCAACAGAUUUCACAACUUUUCCGCUGAGAGUUGAUGGACUGUUAAGAUUUUCAAAGUGAGAUCUACCAUUACAGAUGUGUUGAAGUCAUCUCCCUCGGUGCUAAAGUGACCACCAAGAGCUUACGUUAAGCCACUCUGGAACUCUUUAGGCACUUCAUGGAUGUUCAACAUGCUGAUAUGUAUCUCACUGCAAGAAAUGUGUUAAAAUGACUCUUUCUCUGUCAGCAGCGCAACAUAAAGCGGAACGGGAGUCGUGGCUGCGUGACAAGAAAGACUAGAUUUGGAUCUCGGGAGCGGGAUUGGCUAAAGGGGGACACCCAGCGGGGCUGUGUGUGCCUGUAUGGAGGGACAGUGGACCCUCAGCCACCUGCCUCUGGCCCACAGGCCUCCUCUACCCCUCAGACAGACCUGCAGUUGGUGCUCUGCUCCACCAGUACAACGGUGGAGGAGCUGUGUGCUCAGAGGAAUGGACAGGGGCUGUAUGUCCAGCUUCAUGGAGACCUUAUCAGGUAAACACACACUAAGUUAAGUUGUCAAAGAGAAAUCGUCUCGACCUUGAGCUCAGUAACAAAUUCCUCUUAGAAUAUAAAAAAAAAAUCAAAUUGGACAGCCGCAGAGGUCGACAGGAGUUCAGAGAAUAUUUGAAUACUUCCUGGACAAGGGUCAUGUCAUGAAUAUUUCAGAUACCCUGAAUCUUCUUCUCAGGAAAACAAACAAAUGCGGGUUAAACCUGAAUCAUUUACUGUGAAUAGGUCCAACACAUGGACCUAACAUCCAGCAGUUGCAGCAGUGUAUCAGUGUCUUCUCUAAAUCUAUUCAAUAUAGCCCUCAAAAGGAAUAUGAAAGCUCCAAGCUGAAUGUUUGAUCAUGUACUGACAAAGACAUGGAGUAAAGUCAAAGAUAUGAGCUGCAGUUAUGUGAUCACACUGCAGGUAAAAUAUGAUGUAAUGCAUUUGGUCAAGACAGCUGCAUUUAUCAAAAUAGGUUCAGCAACAUUUGAUAAAACAAUCGAUAGAUUUUAUAAUUUGCAAAUGUUGAAAUGUCUUUCUUUUUUGUUAUUGCAAUUAAUGAAAAACUGAAACCUGCCCUAAUAUCACAGCCUAUUAUAUUCAUCAAGCAUUUUUCCCAGCUGUGCUAUCACAACAAUCACAUCUCUUAAGUUUUACACAUUGUUGGAAGAAAUUUUGGAUUGCAAACAGCUCCAGUCCCUUUAAAAGCAUUUUAAUAUGAUAAGGUUUUGUAUAAUGUCUCUAAGGCAAAUUCAGCUUAAAAUGUAAACCCAAACAUCCCACAUACCCAAAGCACCUCACUUCAGGAUACCCUUAGGGAGCAUGACUGUACGCUUUUCUCAGCUGAGCUCCACAAAAACAUAUGCUGGCAGAAACAGCCAAUGACCCCUUGAUUAUCUGUGAGAGGAUAAAAAGCUGCUUCACUGAUCUGCGACCAGCGAGGAAUCUGGCCUGUCGUGUCUUGUGCUAUCUUGGGGAAUCCUAUGGGAAGAAACUAGUGAGGAGAGUUAAAAUGGUGAUCAGGGAUAGCUUUAACCACAGGUCCUUAAAAUACAUGGAUCCACUGAUUGCAUUAUUUAUACCAAGAGAUGAGGAACAUUCAUCCAUUGCAAAAUAUCUCACAACCUUUCAAACAUGGGCUUUCAGCAUCAAUGACAGCAAGUGCAAUAUUUUAUUUUUAAAGAACUGUGAUGGUUCGUUCACUAUAUCUACUGAUAAAAGGUUAUGAGCUUUUCAAAGAUAGUGUGGGCUAAUAUUAUAUGAAAGGAUUUUGUGAGCUUGUGGCUCUGCUUUGUUGAUUCAGUUAACAUUAAUCAGCUAAUUUUUGCAAACUCAAACCAAAGUGCUAUUCUCAGUGUUUGCUCUAUGUAGACAUUCACAGCUCUGUACUCUGCUUAAGGAAGCCCAGUCAUACAGUCAUCUUUUUGCGCUUUUUUGGACAAGACUAAUUAAUGCUCUCCCAAUUGCCACAGAGUUAGUUGGGUCCAUGAUGUAGGAUUAAUGUGAAUUGUGAUCAUUUUGAAUCUCAUUUUGACAUAAUUUUAGGCACUUCAUGCUGUAAAAUUCAGACACUAUCAUAACAGUAGGGUCUGUCUCAGUUCAGUCUUCCUCUUCAGUGGCUAGCACAGCCACAGUGUAAUCAUAUUGUGUACAUUAUAGAUCCUGUCAAAAUACAUAGAAAGGUGAUAGCAGAGCACUUACUUUGAAGACACGCUUCCACUUAGCUUUUCUAGUUUUCUGAUGCAACUUCUCAGUGUUGGAGAAAGUCAGUAAAAACAGUGAUCUAAAUCUGGUUGUUGGUUGAUGCAGACUGCAGUUGUAUGUGAUCCGCUGGUAUCUUCUAAUUCCCAAAGAUCCUGAAAAAACUGUUGUUAUCAAGCCCCAUCAAUCAAGUACUUUUGUACUGAGCACGAGCCCACAGUUUACACAACUGAACCACCAGCUGAUUUUUGAAUCCCUCCUGCUUUUGGGUGAGCACAAAAGUUUACUCUUUCUCUUUUCUCUUGAAUGUUGGGUGUCAUUUUUCCUCUAUAAACCCUGGCUCAGAAAGCUGUCCUCUUGUGUCCUCAGUGAACAUGUCACUGGCAGAGACACCCAUUUUUGGUUUGGUUGUAUUUUUGUGUCUUUUGAAUCCUGUAGGCCUGGUUAGCUGAUUAGUUGGUUAGAGUUAUUUCAAACUAGCUAAAUAACGUGGAGAAGCUUGCACCAUUCAUAGCUAUUGAUAGCCUAGCUUCCAAUCUAGUUCUCUGGCUGCUUUCUCAUCAAAGUGGCCAAGACUUGUGGCAAACACACUUAUUAUUGACAAGAACCUUAUAUAACCCUGCUUCAGAAAAAAAAGAAAAAUCCAACUAUCCCUUUAAUGUUCAAGUCUUCAUUGUCCAAUAACAUGGCACUGGUUAUUGAAAUGUUUUCUCCUCUCUAUGCAACAAAAUAUUUCAUCCCAUAUCAAAGAGAAAAUUCACUAAAGAAAAACCAAGAGUCCAUUAAAUUCAGUAAUUAAAAAAAUGGAUGUGCAGGGACUAUAAAUGCUUUGCCUUCCGGUCUUUUGUUUUUCUCAUCUUCUAAAUAAUUUUUAUAAACUUCUCUGAAAAUGUCCUGCAUUAUAGGUUUUAUUACCGAUAGAUGCAAGUACUAGUGCAAAAAUAGGCAUCAUAAAAGAACAAAGCUGUUGACAGGAAUAGGACAAGCUCAGAUGAAGGAUUUGUUGCUCAGGAUUUGGUGGAAGCUUUUUUGGCAACUUUCUCUUUAUAGCUCAGUGCUGUGCUGCUAACAGGGAGACAUGGUAUGGAUUAUUUCCUGCUGCAGAAAUGUAUUUUCUCUCAGAAGCCCCUCUCUUUGGAUGAACUCAUUUUAUGAAGGACUUCUGUACUUCUGCCGAUCCAAUCUGAGCCAACUAUCAAGCUUACAAGCUUGCAUCGGCAACAGGGUGAGCAAAGGAAUCUGUUCUUUUUCCCAGCAACAUGUUCUUCCUUAGGGAUUCCUAAGUGUUCCCAGGAUAGAUGGCAUAUGUAAUCCCUCCCACAUGUUCUGGGUAUGCCUGGGGUUUCCUCCCAGUUUCCUCCAAAGGGAGGCUCCCAGACAUCAUAACUAGCUCCUCUCAGAGAAGCUAGCAGCUUGAUACCACAGGCCUGAAAAAUCACUGAGCUCCUCUUCCUGACAUACAGUACGAUGUGAAUCCAGCCGUCCUCUAAGAAAUCUCACCUCAUCCUUCUGUCCCUGCAAACUGUACACUGAGACACAAGACAAUUUUUUAUUCAGGAACACCCCUGUGAUUGUAUCUGGAGGAUCACAGGGAACCACACAGAAAUCCAACCCUGCAUCAGCUGUGCCUUGGAGUAUAAAUAUGUCAGUGACUGCUUCACACUCUUGUGACUCCUAUGGAUGAUCAGGCAACAAGCAGAUUUAAGAAACAUUAUCUUGGGUCACUUACAAUGGCAGGUAAAAAGAAGCACAGCGAAAAGACCAGAGCAAAGUAUCUGAAAGCUGACAAAGAUAUUUUUGAAUUUUGAUCUCUACCUUUUUUAUUAUCACAAAGUGAAACUGUGACAUAUAUACAAUUUUGGUUGACAGUAUUUGGACUAUUGUGAAAGCACUAUAUACUGUUGAGAUUUGAAUUCUGUUGUGAAGCUUUGCUCCACUUGGGGGAAAGGUAUGCUUUCACACAAGGUGCCUGCAAAUGCAGUACAACUAAAGCAACUUAUAAAGUCCACACAGUUGGGAAUUUUUUUACUUUUCUUUUGCCUAACAGCAGUCAUCUCCUCUCAGUACCCAGUCUCGUCAGUAAAAGAGAUUCAUACUUGCUCAUCAUUUCAGAAGAAUCACCCCCCCUCCCCUCCGAUACCUGGUAUAAUUUAAAAAACACCCUGAUGGUUAUAACAUUCUUCUCCUGCUGUCUUUUCCCCUGUGAAUGGUGUCAAUCAACACACCAGCGCUCAUUUCCAGUAAUUCAGUUAUUUUUAGAUUAGACCUUGACUUAUGCUGAAAAAGCAAGGACCAUGGUGGGUAUUGCCAGCACAAAAUAUUCAUUACUAUUAAGGUGUAAAGAAAAUGUCAGUCCAUCUUUGAAUAUCAAACCCACACAGUCCAGAGAGGUCUGAUGAGCCACGUCAUUAAGUGAUAAUGUCUGUGUGUGGGCACACACCAUUGUUCUGUUAACCUCACCUGUCUCUGUAGGGGUGAGAACUGGUAUGUCUACUGCAAACUGAGGCACACAUUUACGUACUUUACCUUCUACUGGUCCGUCCACUCUCAGGAUGGAUUUGUCCUCUGGGAGGUGUUUGGCAGAGAUUUGACACCCUCUUGCUGCACUGUAAAAUGGAAGAUUGUAAAGAAUGAGGAAUGUUUGUGCUAAGUGUAGGCAUCUUGUGUGAUUGGUCAACAGGAACUGUCAGUCAUCCUCUUGUUGCCUGGAAGCUGCCUGAAUGCUGCAGUGAAGAGUGAAAGACAAAACCCUCUAAAAUCAAAUGACAUGGUCGUUUGAAUCAUCAAGGCUGAAAGAGGGGAGACUGUUGUUGGCCUGAAAAUGGGAACUGAUAUUUUUAUUCCCAUUAUGCUUGAGGGUGCCAGUGAUGAUUGGAGUAUUUUUCUGUCUCAUUUACUGUCAGUGUAAUAGUUUUGAUUAUGUUUUUCUGUCAGCUCCAUGUAAAUUAAUGACUGAUAUAUAUUUUGAUUUGUUAAAGCCAGUAGCUUUGCUGGUUGCUUUGCUUUGAAGAAACAUCUCAUCAAGUGAGUGAAAAAGUUCAAAGUUUUCCAUCAGUCAUUCAAAAGAGUGAAAAUGAGAGUGGAUAUUCUCAACUCACGAAACAUCAGUCUUAACAUUUUUGCUAUCCCACUGAGCAAUAGACGGCAAUUAGACGUCUAGUUUUUUUAAACCCAGUAGAUUCACUCCCAAUAGAUUCUAGAUUCACUUCAACCUAUUAUUGGAUAACUAUUUAUUUCAAAAAGCAACUGUGAGUGGCAUAACUAAUCUCCAAGUACUUAACCUACAUAAUUAUGAUAGCCAUUGAGCAAUAUACAGUGUAGUAUAGAUAUAGAGAUUUAGAUUUAGUCUAAACUUGGUCUAAAUUUAGACGUCUGUGUAGCCUGAUUUUAGACCAGUCGUCUAAGCCACAUUUAGAUGUUUAUUAGACCUCUUUCAAAUAUUAGAGUAUUUUGUUUUGUGUUGAGUAAAUUACUUAUCAAACAGUAUAAAUUGAUAGCUGACACAGACAUUUUCAAUAAAGGUACAACAACUGAUAUCACACCACUCCUGAACCAGAGACAAUGUCAGGAGUGUCUUACCUGGGUUGAGGAGAAAAGUAACUGGACUGUCACUCAAUGGUCCAAAGUCACCUCUUCAUGUCUAAGUAAAUAUUACAUUUCAUGUGAAAAUCUAGGUCCUGAAGACUGGAGGAUGAUUGAAGAGGCACAAAAUCCAAGGUGUUUGGAUUUCUGUGUGUGAAAAGUUUCUGUAGUCUGUGAUGAUUUGGUUUUGCUGGUGUUGGUCCAUUGUGUUCAUCAGGUCUAGAGUCCAUGCAGCAGGCUACCAAGAGAUUUAGAGCACUUCAUGCCUCCAUCUGCUGAACAAGCUUUAUUGACAUUUUCUGUGCCAGCCAGACUUGGCACCUGCCAACAGCACCAAAACUACUACCAGAUGGUUAGCUGACCGUAUUAUUACUGUGCUUGAUUGGACAGCCCACCGGCCAGACUCCAAGGCCCAUAAAGAAUCGAGAGAAGGAAGAAGAUGAGAAACACCUGCCCCAAAUUACAGACAAACCAAAAGCAUUGAUCAAAGCAACCUUGGCUUGACACCUCAUCAGUGUUACAGGCUACUCAUCUCUGAGCGAUGCAGUCAUUUUUGGUCAAGGAGCUCCAACUAAGUACUUGCUGUAUAGAUGAUAAUUUUAGAAGUUUGAGUUUGAAUCCUUGACUGAGCUUCAAAUAUAUUAAAACAAUUCUUGAUCUCUGAUUUUUAUGAGCUGCAAGUCACAAUCAUCAAAUUAAAACAAAAAGCCUACAAGUAAUCUCCCAUUUGUAUGUACUUAAUGUAGAAUAUAUGGAAGAUUACCCUUUUGACACAAAUGAUCAAAAAAGACUUUUUCUGGGUAUUGUAAUUGGUAAGGAUGCAUAUUUACAAAUUUAACAGUACAGCAAGAAUAGACAUCUAGAUCCACUCUAUAUCUUAAGUGUCUUGAAACCAACCUUGCUGUGAUGUUGCACGAUGCAAAAAUGAUUUAUGUACAUUUGCGGUUAAUGCAAAAAUUUGGAUUUUGCAGAAGAGCAUUGUUUUAAUUGGAAAGUUUGUGGCUGUAACAACCAACUAUAGGUCUGUUAAUUAUUGUUGGACAUUCACACAACUUUGAACCACCAACACCUCUACAAGAACCUUGCUUCAAUUCUCUGCAGUGUUUACUUCACCUUGGGAAGGUGACCCAUUGAACAAAGUGCGUAUUACUGGUGGAAAGCCAGUGGCAUCUUUGCAGUCUUAUUCAAAUGUUGUCUUCUGCUUUUAAAGGGAACAAAGAAACUGUCCAACUGUUGCCACUUCAGUAUGUGUGCACCUCACUUAUACAGUUAAAUAAGGCGCAUACAACCCAUUGUGCCUGACAUUUCACCAUCUCUCCUUUUUUUGUUCCGCAGGAGGAUGGGCCCUGCUGAGCGUCCUCUCCAAAUGGUGUAUGACUACCUGGGAGCUUUGGGCUACUCAGACCCAAUGCGAGUGCAGCAAGAAGCUGCCAACUCAGACCUCAGCUGUUUGAUCCGGUUCUACAGUGGUGAGUACCAACCCACGGGGGCCUAUCAUCUCUGAUCUUUAUUUUCUGCUAUUGCUCAGUGGGAACUGGCAGGAGCCUGGUGCCCUCCUCUGAAAACAGAGCUGAAGGCUUGAAACCAGGCUAAAGCAGGUGAAACGUUAGAAAAACCGUUCUGUCCAACCCUGUUUUGAUCUUUUGUAUGGUUGUAUGUGCCUUCAGCAAAGACUUCUUUCUGGACAAAAUAUAAAAGCAUUUGUUUGAGACUUCCCAAGUAUGAUACCUUUCUGAAGGCGUCUCUUGUAUUUGAUUUAGCCAGGGGGGACCCGUCUGCACCUUUAAUGGUCUGAUGGUAGGUGGCUGACCAUCCAUCAUUCUUUGGUGUCUCUAUUUCUCCAUCUGGGCUUCCUUUCACCUGCUUAUGUCAUAAUGCUGUGUUAUUUCAGAAGCAGAAUAGAUGUGACUCUCUGGAGGAGCUAGUAAGUUUAUAUUUGAGUAUUAGUUUUCAUACAGAGCACAACAAACCUAAGACAUCUCCAUCUUUCCUUUUUCUGAGUCCUGGCCUUGGUCAGAUGACAUUCUUACAGUAGCAGCAGUUAAAGAGUUUGCCAUUAAGGGUAAAUGGUGAAGGAUGUCGUGUAAUGUGUUUCCACUUAAUAGGGCGACUGAUGUUUCUGCUGAGUCAGUGGAACGCCUUGUGUUGGGGCUUGGAGCUGCUCUCAUGCUGCGGUGCCAGAGACAGGGGGAGACUAGUCAAACCACAGCGUCUAAAAGGCUCACAUGUAUUUCCUCCCACAUUAAAAAACACAGAUCUCCCCAAAUUGAAAUGCAGCGCUGCCACACUAAAUGAAAAUCUGAAAUGAAUGAAUAUCUCAGCAAAUUUGCAAGGAAAUUAUCUGGUUAACUUGGCACUCAGGAGCUGACUUAAAAAAUUCCAACCAAAGUGAUGUAUUAGCAACGGAGUUUGUUAUUAUUUUCUACUUUAAAGCAUCACAAUUCUGCACAGAUAUCUAUCACAAGCGAACACUGCACUGUCUUUAUGACCAUUUGUCAGAACAACACUAUAGCUAAAAAAUAGUAGUAUUAUAUUUUUGAUGCUUAGACUAGUCUUUAGAGUAUUUUUUAAACACAGCUCUCUUUUUAUGUCUGGUUGGUAAGACAACUGAUGGUUUAUUUGAAUACCUCAGCUCUAGAUCAAGUUGUCCUCAGUCUUAUUCCUGUUUUUGUUUGUAGUGGAAGCUUAACUGUUGCUUCCCCUUUGCCAGCAUGAGAAAUGGUCUGAUCUUGGAUACUAUCAGUAGUCAGGCCACAUUGGUCAGAGUCUAGCCAAGCCCCUCAGAGACUUCCUGCCUCCUUUUGUCCUCUCAUGGGAAAAGAGGGACCAGGCAUGACUGGUGCUUGGGCACUUGACACAAUGCCAAGGCCGAGGAAACAAGUUGAUUGGUCCCUCAAGCUGGGAAGGUAGUAAGACAUAACUGCUUUUUUUUUUAGCACAACUACUUGCAUUUGUGUUGAAUUAUCUCAGUGUUUUGCCCACCCUCUGUAAGCUGGUGUUUAGCAACCCUCCAGUCACACAGCUUCACCAGAAGAUCUCCAUUUCUGGCAGCACAAAGUAACCCUGGCUUCCCUUCCCUCCCACAGCGGUGUUGAAGGUGGGCUGUGAUGUGUUGUUGCAACACACAACAGCUCCAGAUCUUGCUCCCAGGUGCUAUCUUGUCUAACAGCUGCUGUCAGGGGUAAUGAUCUGACUAAGCAGGUGAGGGAAGCGGUGGCCCGUCAGUGAAAAGUGCAGCUGCUACAGAACUACCUGAUGUGGUGCACUACAUAUGUCAGCUCUGCAUUUGGUUGGCUAUAAGAGUCGCCAUCAACUUUUACUUUCGCUAACCAAACCUGUGUCUUUGUUUGUGGAUUUAAGCUUAGCUAACCUUGCUACCAUGUGGGUACUGAGGUAACAAUCUCCUGCAAUACAAUGUAGGCUAUGUUUUGUUUCAUGGUGCAAAGAAGGUCAACAAAAUGACAAUUAAAAAGCAUCAAAGGAACACAUCUUUUAACCCAACACUGAGUACAUGGAUAACAUUGUUAGUGCCUCUAAUUGUCUUUUUUUUUUCUGCUCGAGAAACUCCCCCAUAAAGAGAUGUUCCGGUGUAAAAUUAAGUUAGGGUCAAACACAACAUAACACUCAGAUAGACACCCCGUCGAGUGAUGAAUGUUGCCGACCGCUUUAACCAACCAGUUAAACCAACUUUAGUAACAAUAGCAGUCCCAGGAGCCAUGCACUCAACCAAAACGCCACUCUAUAGCCACAAAUAAUGCUCAGAACAGCACCUAACUUCAUCAACAGUACAUACAGGCUCACAGCCACAGAACUAGCCACCAAACAUCUUUUCAGGUUUACCUAAUAUCUUCAGCAAAGAGACUAAACACAACUCACCUACUCUCUUCCAGCAGCCGCUUAUUUGUACGGAGACCUCAGGUGAGUCCAUCUACUGCAGCAGGGUGACACAGCUCAAGGAAGAACAUUAAUGAUCAUUUCUUCUUGGAAAUGCAAUCAGACCGAGACGCUAAAGCAGAAGAACUGCAGUGCAAAAUGAUUAAUAUGAUGAUUAUUACUUCAAGGAAAUGAUAAAGUAAUGAGCAUAAAUGUUCUUCCUUGAGCUGCAUAACCCCGCUGCGGUAAUGGACUUGCCUGAGGUCUUGCUACAGACAAGUGGCUGCUGGAAGAGAGCAGGUGAAUUGUGUUUAGUCUCUGCUAAAGAAAUCAGGCAAAGUUAAAAAGAUGUUUGGUGGCUAGUGCUGUGGCUGUGACCCUAUAUGUACUGUUGAUGAAGUUCGGUGCUGUUCUGAGCAUUAUCUGUGGCUAUAGAGUGGCUUUUUGGUUGAGCAUGUGGCUCUCUGUAUUGCUAUCUGCGGUCAUUACUAAAAUUGGUGUAACUAGAGAAGCAAGCAGUCGGCAACAUUCAUCUCUCGACGGGGUGUCUAACACGGUGUUACAGUGUGUUUGAUCCUAGAUUAAUUUUACACCGGAAUAUCCCUUUAAGACUAAUGGCAGGAUGAGUUGCUCAUCAGAUGUUGGUAUAUUAUUUCAAGUCAGUGAUCUACAUGCAAACAGAGGGGGAUGCCUUCAUGCUGUGUGUAGAUGUGCAUAUGUGUCCAUUGCAUUUUUUUUUGUUUUACAGCAUUGCCCUUAUUAUUGCCAUUAGCAGGUCAUUCAUUAUAUUCCACCAUCUCUUUAUUUGUUGAGCUAAGUCAUCUCUUAACCUUUUCAAACCUCCAGCUUCCCACACAUGCACCCUCCUGCUGUGGUGCACAAAUGAGAAGAAAACAAACACGGACAGGGGAGUAAACAUUUCUAAAUGCUGACUUAAUAGAAAUCGCCUCUAAUGAAAACAGUUCCAGAGACCUGAGGGGCUCAGUGGUCCUCUGUGUCAGCCCACACAGCUGCAGCACACUCAAGACCCACCAUCAGUGUCAGAGCAGAAGGAAUCAAGUAUCUGUAAGCAGUGUGAACUCACCUUAUAACAAUCUUGCUGUGGCUGUUUUCACAAUGGAAAUCUAAGUUAAUUGCAGACUGCAGAUGUCUUAACAUGAUAGGACAUGAAUGGUGAAUCAGUUUCGACAAGUCUAUGGUCAGUAGUUGCUGAGUAUUAAAGGAGUAUAAAGUUGGUUCUUCAUUUCUUCGUAUGAAGGGAUAAAGAAAUUGUUUACAGUGGAGAAGAAGUCAGACUGAGAUUUAGAGAGAAAAAUGAAAAUUGUAUUCAGAUCCAGGUUCCCACUAAAUUGCCUCGAGCAACGAAGCUUUGCAAAGAGCAGGCUCUCCGUGGUUUCCUGUCAUCUCUGUCCUGUAAUAUGCUAUGACUGUGAUGCAGCUCUGGUUCUAUUGAGUAUUUCCUCUUUCUCAUUUGAAAUCUGUAGACUCUCUUGCAGCCUAUGGUCUCCAGGUCAGUUUUAUGGUCAGAUGGCUUACAUAUCCACCAUUUUAUUACUCUCUUUUUAUUGCAUGUUUCGAAAGCAGUGUUUAUGUGUGCAUCAACUGGGUUCAACGUAGUGCAAUAGUCAACAUGAGAACUAUAAAUAUAACACAAAGUGUAAAGAGCAGAUUCUUCAUAAUAGAGGUAAACAAGGACCACCAAGAGGAGUCAUCUGGGAGGUGGGUUGAAUCUGAAUUUGUUGCCAAAAAGAGCCUGCUGUUCUGAAUCAAAUCAGACUGUGUUUCCGCCUCCACUGACCCCCUACUGCAUGCUAACACAAUCUAUGCAAUCUUGAGCAAGACAAAAAAGCUCUGGGAAACAGGGAGUGUUAUGUUCAACUGAGUGCUCAACAGUUGAAUUCAAAUAAUCCUGUAUGUGAUUAAAAACAGAUUUAAGAAAGUGCAGGCAGGCACUCAUUGAUAUUGGGAGCUACGGACUAAGGCUGUUACAAAAAGUGAAAAUUAAAUUUAUCACAAUGAAUGGCAUGAGACUAUUCUCAUGUGAAUAUACUCAAAGAUUGUUUUUUGAGACACUGUCUUGUUUGAAAAAAAGUAAACCGUCAUUUCAUUGCUGUUUUUGGCAGAGGGCUACAGGCUUAUUAACUCUUUCACCAUUACACCUCUUGUACCUCACUUCUUCCUCUGAACUCUUUUCAUUGUUCAGUGCUCAGUGAAAAACAAAGUUUGACCCCUCUUGGUUUUCUUGAUUAUAAGUGAGAUGUCUCUUAGUCUUCAGGUGAGCGGAGGCUGUAUCCGCACUUAAAUUGAAUGAAGGAUAGAUUGGAAACCUCACUCUCUCUGAUCUGUCACUUGUCACACUGUCCUUGUGGUUUGGCAGCUUCUCCAAGAAACUAUUUGAGAUGAUGAUGAUGAUGAUGAUGAUGAUGAGUUUAAUGGCAGUAGCAUGGUCUUACUGCAGCCUUCUCCUCCAGGCUGGUUUCUGUCCAGGCAGUUGGACAAACACAUCUUGCUACAGAAACAGUGUUUCACAACAUCUAUGAUCAUGUCUCCAAAUCCUUGUGGAACCCCAGGGGACAGUAAACACCAUUUGUCAUCGGUGGACUAGGGUUGAUUUGGCCUGCUUUCUGCAGAGAUGUUGAUGGAGACAGUGUGGAGGUUUACCCUCAGAUUGGACUUUGGUUUUGUGAAUAACCUGUUUCCCUAGCAACUAAUAGCCCCAACAGACCUAGAGGGAUAUCAUGUGUAUUUGUUUUAGGAGUUGGCUCUUUAUGGCUUGGACUUCUUUGAUAUUGCGUAAAUAGGCCAAUGAUUUUCAGAUGAGUGGUUGUACUGAUAUGGAGGUGUUAAAAGCAAUGAUGUGUACACAUGGAUGUGUGCAGGCAUACGUAUUGAAAGUGCAGAUUUGUGUGCAUGCUAUGUGCAUUUCUGUAUUCAAUAUGAUAUUCCUGGGGGUACUCAAGUUUUCAUGGUCUCUCUUUUGUAUUACACCUUGGUCAUUUUUUUCUGUUGCUUUGGACCUGGAAAUAAUUUGGUGUCUAGCAAUCUACUAAUGUCUCCUCUCAUAAAGUAGGAAAUUGUAAGGCUGAAUAGACAAGGUCUCUAAUUCAUUUAGAUUAACAGUUGAACCCCUUAACAACCUAGUUUGCAUUCAUAUAAACACUGAUUAAAAACAAAGUGCUGUUCAUCUGAGGAGUGGUAGUGAGGAAUUUUGUCCACAUGAGCUUUAUUGAGGACAGGAGAGCUAAAACAACCAUCACAAAAGUUACAGGUUAACUUUCAUCAAUUCGCUCAUCUCCAUACUCAUCAUCGUGUGAACCAUCAUGUGGUCUGAGGUGCUCCUAACGUAUAUCAAGUAACUGAUGGUACCCAGUAAUGUGUUCAACAAGAUUUAGGUUAUACUGCAGUCUAUGAUGUCACCUUCUCGUCUGACACAGCUUGUCAUGUGCUGUCUUUCUCUCACUCUGAGAAGGGGGUUGUAUUGUAUUCAGAUCUCUUGCAUGAUUUUAGGAUUACUCCAUGAUAGUAAUAGUCUCAGUAAAUCAUAUGUAGACAUUUUUUAAAUGUGAAUUUAAAGUCGACCUAUGUCUGGUUUAGACUCGUGUCAUUACAGCCUGAGUUUCAGUAACCAAUAAAAAAUAAGUCUUGUUUGUUUUAUUGGGAAAAAAAAGAUGUUCAGCUUAUUCAAAACACAACGGAAAACAUGCGAUACAGCCUUAACAUUAAGAAUCAUUAGAGAUAUAAGAUACAGAUGCAGUUUAUCUUCAGGCUGUGCCUCAAUUAGAUAAAAAAAGUAAAGUAUGGGGCUUAAAUACAAUGUUCAAUCGGACAGUAAGCAAAGAAGAGGACAAAUCUGAGCUCAAGUUCCCUGCCAUGUCUGAUAGUUUAACAGUUUAAAUAUUCUGUGCUUAGGACAGAAUUUGAUUCCUCAUGGUUCAAUAUCCAGUCCUGUGUGCAGGUGUUUUUUUCCACCUGUCCAACCCAUCUAACCCUAAAAAGGUUUGUGUCUCCAACUGUCUUUUCAGAUGAGGAGACGCCCAAGGGCUAGUCACGGCUAUUGAUCUACCUGCCCGGCCAAUUUGUUGUCAGAAGCACUUGGCUUGUUCAUUAUCAGUUUCCCUGGCAAAGAAAAACAUGAGCAACCUUUCAUUUCAUUUAGAUGCCCUUGUGAAAUGAAAGUGAAGGUGGAGAGAAAGAGCAAGGCAGACAGUAUGAGGGAGAGCGAGCAGAUUGCCAGCAGGAGAGUCUGAGUGGGAGGAAGCAUAAGUUGGUUUGAAGAAAAUUUAACGACAGAGGACAAGAGGAUAAGGCAGUGUCCCCUCUGUACUUAUUUGACCUGCCAAUAACCUGAGUGUACUUUUGAAGCCUGGCAAAGAUGCUGCUGUUUGGUACGUCCUUCAGCUCUGGCCAGCUAUGUCUGCCUGCUGUGCAAGUUGGCAUAAUUUAAUUGAAAAGAGUUAAGUUUGAUGUGACAAAGCCCUGACUCAUUCAUCAAUAUGAUUGAUGCUUGGCUAUGCUCGAGAAAGCAGAGAGAAGAAGGCAGAUACAUACUCAAAUAACAUUAACUUGACAGAUUUACGAUUUACCUUCUGUUCACAUCGGCUUUAAUGUGCACAGAAGGUUGAUGACCAGAUUCAUGAAGGAGAAAUAUUUGUGACCUAAAGAGGAAAACAAGCUUGUAUCUUCCUAAAGAACUACAGAGAAGGUUAAAGCUCAGCAGCACUGCCCUAGUGAGACCCAAACCCGUAUAUGCCCCUCAAAAACCGGCUUCACUGAUGCUACUUUAUUUGAAACAUGCAAAUAACCUAAAGCUUUAAUGCUGUCUUUCUGCUUCAUACCCUCCAUUCUUAUUCUGAAAUCAAAGCUUUGAGGACUUGUGGAGGAGGAUAAAUUGUUUGUGAUCUUAGGGAGAAAAACAGCACAAAUCUUUCGCUACAAAAAUGUAAGUCUGAUUUUUCUCUGGACUAAAAUGGACUCCUGCAUUCCCAUGUUUUGUAGAUCCGACUGGACUAGGCCUGACCAAUGAUGUCAAAUUAAAUGUGAAUCCAGGUUACUGACCUGUGUGAUACUUGACCAAUGCAACAUGUUGAAUAUACACAUAUACACUACUGUUACCCUUAUCUUAACUCUCAUCUCUCAUCUCAUCUCUCAUCUCCAGCAAACACACCAAUGACUUGCACAAACAAGAGAAAGAAGAUCUCUAAAAAGUAUCCAGAGUUGUCAUCUUGAAUGAGGAUAUACCAGAUUGGGUCUUUGGAGGAUAUUGGUGGUAUCUGAUGAGACAAUUUAAACCCUAAAUUAUAAUGUGUACAAACAGUUUAAGGGAGACGGCGUCCAUAUUUUGGAGUUGCCCAGAAAUUUGUUUUCCAUGCUGGCAGGAGGUAACAUCUGAGACACGAAACAUUUUUGGUGUUAGGGUUGAUUCAUCUUCCUCAGCAACAUAUCUAGUCAAUGUUAUCAAUCACUUUUUGGUGUUUGGUUAAUCUUCUGGAGUAUAGUUUUAGCAGUUGGGGUUAUAGUCUAAAUGGUCACAGUCCAAACCCUCAGCAGAGUCUGACUGGAAAAAUAUUGUGACUAACAUUAAAAGUAUGGAGAAAACGACUUUCCCACUAAAUUGCAAGGUAGGAAAAUUGUUGCAGUUUUGGAAGAGAUGCAUCGUGUCUGUAGCCUAGAGGCUAUAAAUGAGAAAUUACCAAACGAUCUGACAUCUAUUACCAUCAGUAUUACGUUAGGAUGUAUAGACUUACACUUGUGCUUUAAAUGACUCUGUCAUGAGUAAAGUUAAAUGGAGAAACUGUCUUUACCUUGGUUUAGGAUCAAACCUGUUAUCUGCUGUGACAUCAGUCCAAAUAUACAGCCUAUGAGAUAAUAGGGCGGUGCUGAUGUAAGAUAUGUGUUAAUAAACUAAGGUGACUAAUCUGGGGUGAUAUCAUUCUGACCUGUCUGUAUACGUAUGACUUCAUUUUCUGGAUGCCUCCAUCCACUGUGUCAAAGCAUCACAUCUGUUGUUAAUCAUCUGCAAUUGUUUAUAACAGGAGGAGUGGGGGUCCUUGUGCAUUAGGUUAUUGUCUGUGGAUCAGCUCUAACCCCUGCGUGUGGGCUUGUCCUUCCAGAGCAUCCAGUGAAUGCAGACCAGCAGGAGAGGACCCUUCUAAAAGGCGUAUUCAGCGUCCGAAAGGGCAAGUCACAGCUGCACAAGUGGGCGGAGCGGCAGGUCAUCCUCUGCGGCACCUGUCUAAUCGUGGCCUCUGUCAAAGACAGCCUAACUGGGAAAAUGCACAUCCUGCCCUUGGUGGGGGGAAAGGUGAGAGUUCAGUGUGUGGUGGUCAUACAAUCUUUCAUGUUUUACUCUGUAACAACACAGCUUGACUGGACAGCUGGAACUGGCUGAUUGCGGUGCUGUCAGUUCAAAUUGAGAUGCACCACUGUAUGUCCAGACUGAAAAAUAUAAAGCAAUACAUCUCAACUUUAGGGUCACAAGUUAGACAGGGUGUCCUCCGAUUAAAGACAAAAUAUCAGCUGUCGCUGUAGGGUUGUGCAGGUAAUGAAUGCAACCUGUUAAAGUGUAGAUGCAGAGUAAGUGUAAAACACAGGGAGAGAAACCGGCAGCUCAUGCAUUUAAAAAAAGAAAAAAAACUCCAAAAGGCAAUCAAAGCUGAAAUCAAGACAGCAGAGUAAUUAUGCUGAGAGUCUGGUAUUAGUGGGACGAGAGUACGAGGUGAAGUGAGGACAGGUAAGCAGGGUGGCACUGAAGGUGAGAAAACUGACUGAUCAACACAGGAGGCAGGUAUGUGCUGUACAUCACAAUAGCUCACAAUGUGACAUCUACGUGAGAACAAACAUUUCAGUCUUUUUUUUGUCAUUAAAAGAAAUAUAAGAUAUUUAUAAAUAUUCUCUAAAGUACAGUCAGAUGAGUAAAACAAAAUAGGAACAGAAUUACUUGGGAUAACAGUAAAAGUGCUCUCCACUGUAUUGCUGUAACUUUUCCCAAGUUAAAAUAGUAGUGGAAAUCAUUGAAAUGAUAAUACUCACCAUCUUAUCUUUGUGCUGUGUCUGUAAUCAGGUGGAGGAGGUGAAGCGCAGGCAGCACUGUCUAAUGUUCAGCUCAGCCGGAUCCCAAGCGCAGACAUAUUAUGUCAACUUUGACACGCUGGUGGACUACCAGCGAUGGCAUCGGCAAGCAUCAAAAGUAAGAGGGAAUUUGUUUUAAAGUGUAUGCAAAAUGCAAAAUAUGUGUCUGCCAUGUUUGUUUACAGUCACCCUGAGUUUUUCCUCGGAUCAAAGGUGAGGUGUAAGAACCACAGUGGCCUUCUUCCUGUAAGUUGUUCAACCUAAACCAUCUAGUGUCUUGCUUUGAUUGAACAGAACAGCCCUGCUCACACAACGAUUUUUGAAUCACUUUUAUCUGAAGGAACUUCGAUUGAGUUUCUCCUCAACAGUGGUGCUUGAGUUAUAUAAGUUUCUGUGGAUUUGAAAAUGCUACAUGAGCCAAACACAUUCUUGUGUUAUUUUACACUGUGAGAGAAUCUUGCCAGCUCCUCACAGCUGUUCAUCAAAAAAUUCAUUGUUUCUGUUCUGCUCUGUUUGCUUUGUCUCUAAUAUCCCAAUUAAUGGCUAUUGUUUCAUGGCUUCUUCCUGGAGCUGAACAGCCUCUGUGAGAGCCUCCACUGACGCAGAGCCAGCAUACAAUUAGCCAUGGACGGACAAAGCCAACAGAUAAAAAAAAAGAAAAUCCAAUUAGCUGUAGAUUCAUGCUAAGUCCAGGAUCUCUCUGGACUAUAGUGGUAUGGAUUACUGGGUUAGAGUAGCCUGUUAGAGCCCUUUAUUUAGGAUUAUACUUUGACAAGAGGUUUCUCUGAGACUGAGGAUGAUAACUGCUGAAGGUUUUUUGGUGGAUUUGAGCCAGUGUUUAUGCUACAUUACAUAAAUUGUCAGAGUGUGUGUCCGCGCGCAAGAAAGGGGGUUAGCAAGUGCAUUUGUCCUGCAAAUUGAGUUUGCAGGAAAUUGCUGAGUAUUGGAGGGUGAUAUCACUAUAUGGAGCACUGUAAGAAUUUGGAUUAAAAAGAUGGGAAAUAAAAGUGUGCACAAUAUGUCCCUGUGUCUUAGAAUCAGUUAAAAACAAGAUAUUUUGCAGAUAAUUUGCAGUUAAUAAAUAAAAUUGAUACCAAAUGUUCAUUAUAAAUGUUAUCAAGAGAAAAAGUUGUAUAUUUCAGUUUAUGGUCUCUGCAAAAGGAACCUUUCUUUCAAAGCCAAGGUAAGAGUGAGUCAUACUUGCUGUUUGAAUAUGUUGUUUAUUCUUUUAUGUAAUUGUGCUGUAAAACCAGCUCCUGUGGGAAAUUUAUUUUAUUUUUACUUGAAAAUCUGUGUCCUUUUAGACACUUGGCAUAGACAAUGUCAGCCAUCUCUUGCUAGUAACAAUUUAUUAUAAACUGUUUUUACAAACUGCAUGAAAGCAUAAGCUGAAACUGUUUUUGCAGAUAAUAAGAUCUUUCCUUGAUGUUGUUGUUUAACACAUUAUUUGUCAAAAUCACUUUGGAAUAAAAGAUAACUUCCUCAGAUUUUAUGGAGCCAGAGCUGCACAGAUGAGGCUAAACUUCUGAACCAUCUUAUCAAUAUUUCUGUGUUUCUGCUUUUCUAAACUGUAGAUGAGUUUUUUUUUUUAUAGAGAUGAGCACUCAUGUGUUUGUUUCCUCUAAAAGCAAAGACAUGAUGUCAUGCUCUGCUGAGCAGCCGUCCCAUUUUCUGGGUUGCUAUGCACUGUCCAGCCUUGUAGUUAAUGGAGAAGCCUUUCCUUAGACUGUACUGGAUGAGCACUUCUAGGUACAGCCUGCAAUGAUUGUUGGCAUGUAAACAAUCCUCUGUCAGACGAUGGAGGGACAUUGUAAAUGUACUACAACAAAUCCGACAGCGGAUAUGAGGAUGUAUUGUCUCACUUUUAAUCAUUGGGGGGUUACUCUGUUUUAGUUUAUAGGAAACAAUCUGAUAGCGUUUAAGAUAAACCAAUACAGUUAAGUCAUCUCCUUACUGAACAGUUUAACAUUCAUCAUAGAGGCAGGAUUUGUUUAAAGCUGCAUUAACUUUGAGAAGGGAAACAUGAGGGACAAGUAAUUGAGUGUAUGUAUACACAUGUUUACUAAGACGUGACAGUAACUGGCUCAUGUUACAAAAUUAGUCUGCCUCUCUCUUAAUUCAUUACAAUUGUGCUUCUCUGGCAGAUAAACUCCAUUGAACUGGAAACUGGGACACUGUGUGUCUGAAGUAAUAUCUUGGCUAGGCAGCUGGCUGCUUUCAUAAACUGGGGCCGGUAGAGUUGCUUCCACAGUCCAUUGUCACAGCAAGCUAAAGAUAAAUCACUUCAAGUUUUGAGGCUUGAUGCUGGGUGUGUUUGAGGUCCCAAGUUCACCACAGUUCCAGCUUUAAUUGUAAAUGCAUUGCUGCCACCUGUGUUGAGCAAAUGCUCACUGGUUUGUAAGAAGGACAGAUAUACACCCAGGCCUCCAUUUCAGAGCCGUUGAUACCAUAAGAGGAGAAGUGCAGUUACUUAAAGAAGGACAGGAAGAGGUUUUAUGAUAUAAUAGCUAAGGGUUGGUUGUUGAAAAAUCUGUCAGGUGAGCUGGAGUGGCAAUGCUUAUAGCUUUUGAAAUGUCUUGUGAGAGAGAUGUAUGUCUAGUACCUCUGCAGAAGUGUUAUUUCACAAACACAUAAGAGUAAGAAGUGUGCUACCAGAUGGUCUUAUUUGAAAAUGAUUUUCUCUCUCAGGUCUUCAGCUGUGGGCACCUCACUAGUCACGCUCCUCCUGUUAGAUUUGGGGAUUUCCAAUGUAAAGUUUUCCUAUGAAGGAUCCAAAACUCAAGAAAAAAGAUAUUUUUUUGUCUUUUACUUAGUGUUUUUGUAUGUGUUUGUCCAUAUGUUUGUGUAGGUGGUAUCUCAGACAGUCAGCCUGGUGGACUUGUCCUGCUACAGCCUGGAAGCAGUGCCUGAAUAUCUGUUUUACAGUCAGGAUGUCACUCACCUCAACCUGCGACACAACUUCAUGAGCCUUCAGGGGCCUGGAGGCCUGUUCAACCUCCCCAGGUAAUCACAUCUCCUUAACCCCGAGACUGUCUCUGCAAACAUUUGAUAACAAUAGAUGUAUCCAUGCAGGAAAGAAAUGAGUUUCUGUCAAGUGUCCUGAAACUUUAAACAAGCUGCACCAUUUCUGUGAUGCCUGUUUGAGUGUGCCCUACAUUAUACCCUGAUUAUAUUACUGUUUUAUAUUGUUUCAUAAUUAUAUUACACGUGUUCCCACCCUGCUAAUGCUUUAAGGAAAACCAAUACUUAAGUUUCUUGCACAUCCACUUUUCAGAUGCUCUGUCUGGGUUAUUUUUAAAUUAAUUUAUAAGAUAGUGGAAUAGUGGUGUGUAUUGUAUCCAGCACUGUGAGUCAUGGAAGCUCCCUCCAUUACUCACUGCACCUGCAGAGAAAAAAAGGAAGAUAGCAAUAAAAUGGAAGAUUUGACAGUGUGGCUGCUUGGUGCCACUCCAUUCAUCACAGACACACUCACACACUCUCUCACUUCAGCACUGAUGAGUUUGUAUUUGAGAAAGUUCGCUUAUUCAUGCAGGCACUGGAGUAUUCCAGACUAUCUGUGUAAGUGCCCCGUCUAAAUUCAGCAGUAUUAUUCACUGGUUCCUCUAAGUCACUAAUAGGGUGAUCAUAAAUACUUUUCAAUAUGAACGCUGUCCUUUCUUGGCUGCUGAGCCAAUGACUGACUGUUUCCAGCUGCUUACAAAGCAGUCUUAAUAACAUGGUGCAAGCCCAAAAACACAAAUAACAGCACACCACUCCCAGAGUCAACUAUAAGGAAUGAAUCUGAAGGACCUCAUUUUAACUGUAUUCACCCUAGUUUUCUACAAUCAGUGUCCAGCCUCAGCUGCUAGUUCACCAGAUAUAUUCUUUUUAUUCACAUUCCUCUUCCACUUUGUGCACAUGAGACUAAGAAAGUAGCACUGCUGACGUGACAGUGUAUAGACCACAGUCACAGGCCAGCUAAUACACAAGUAUCUGUAUAUUUUAUUAUCAAUGUAAUCUCAGUGGUGAAGUGGCAUCAGCAUAUGUGACAAUUUACAAGUGAUACAGGAAAAUUUCACCAAAAUAAGGUAAAUGAAAUGAAAAGGCUUUUUUUGUGGAUUUAUUUAGAGGCUGCCUCAUGCUCCCUUUCUCUCUGUCUCUCCCUCUCUCUCUCUCUCUCUGUAGGUUUUCUCAGCUGAAGAGCCUGAAUUUGUCUCAUAACCGUCUGGGUGUUUUCCCUGAGUGUGUGUGCGAGAUCCUCACCAUGACUGAACUCAACCUCUCCUGUAACAGUCUCCAUACGGUCCCUGUGCAGAUAGGCAGCCUUCAGAGGUAUGACAUGGUGACACAAUGACGUACAAAUGCUCUACCUAUCUCACAAUCAAACACAAUACAGAAACACACGGGUUAGAGUCACCAUGAACAAAAAGAAAUCUGCUUGGGAGGUUGAUAAGUACCACGUGUAGCACAAAACGAUAUCUAUGAAUAAUUUAAUGAGAAGUAAAUCCAAUUAACAACCACACUGUGAUAUAUUGAACAGAUGGCUAUUAAGGUAACCUUGCUUUCAGAAUAACAUGUCCCAAACAUGCCACAUUUAUGCUUUUGGCACAAAAGUAGUUCUACUUAAAAUACCCCAAACAGACUAAUGUGUUUUUUCCUAAAAUGUCAUAACUGUCUGUUGGCUUGUAUGUGAGUUUCCUGCAAACUAUAGAGCGCAAAUUAGCAACAUAGAAAUCACAUUUUGUAGUAUUUUCUAAAUGAGCCUUUUAUCAUCAGAUACAUAUUUAUUUUGUGUUGUGAAAGGUUUUCUUGUUAGCUCAAUUUUGUCAAUUGUGUUGUUUAUCUUUUUGUAGUUUUAUGUGUAAAAAUUUGUGAUAUUUUUCAUGUUUAGACUACUGUAAACAUAGUAAAUAUACUCAGAAAACUGUGUAAUGGAUGAAGUUGAAAUAAUUACAUUAGGUCAUCAUGCUAAAUUCAGUAGCUAUCAACUUGUGAGGCUGCUUAGUGAAGGAUGCAGCUCACGACUCUCACAAACAGGCACAUACAGAUAACUGACAGCACAGUGACGUUGAAAAAAGAAAGAAAAUAAUGACCUCCUCUCUGUCUUGUAGCCUGCAGACGCUGUCUCUGGAUGGAAAUCACCUCAGCUCUCUGCCUGAAGAGCUGGGUGGCCUGAACCAGCUCAACGGCCUCGGGCUCUCCUUCAACAACUUCUCUCACAUCCCUGCUGUGCUGGAGAGAUUGAGCUCAGUGGACAAGCUGGCCAUGGCUGGGAACAGAGUGGAGAGUCUGGAAUUGUGUUCUCUGGCCAAAAUGAGCCACCUGAAAAACAUCGACCUCCGGUAAGAGGCCAGUCAGAAGACAAACAACUCUCAGUCUCUGCGUCUUCCAAAUUUUCCUCCUCUGUUGAUCAAUAUGAAAAAUGCGACUUAUAAUGUAUAGAGACGCCUCCAAACACAGUCAGUCAUCCAUUAGAUAAGAGGACACAGGAGAGUAAUCCUGCCAUACCGUUUUUCUGUAAAACUUCUUGCAUUGUCAAAGGCAUAAAUACUCUAAUACAAACGGUAGUUGAAGAACCUCUGCCUUUUCCUUAUUUUUUUCCAAACUUCUCUCAGCAUUUCCUUUUUCCCUUUUUGUUAAACAUUUAUUUAUAGAUGCCAGCUUUGCUGAGCACAACAGUGUCUUCCACAUUACCCUGCUUCACAUCUUCAUUCACACCUGGGAGCUGUCUAAAACUACAGUCGCUGUUAUUUGUUGGCCUCUCAGUGGCUCCACAGGAACAGCUGGGGGGCUGAAUGUCUUGCCCCAAAAGGGUCCCUGUCUUGUGGGUAUUGAGGGCUGGGAGGCUCUACUCAUUGACUCUCCAACCAGUCUGGGGACUGUAGACAACCGGUGCUCUGUAAACCGCCAGCCAGUUGUCGAAGGUGUUUAAGUUGCGGUUUGGCAAUGGAAGACUAUAUUUAUAGGGGCAAGGUGCAUCUGUGGUGGAUUAACGGGCUGGCAGCCCUCAUAAAAAGGAGUUGUUGUCUAUUAACAGGAUGGAUGGAUGGGAUGAGUGUGGUCUGGAUCUCUGUGCAGCGUUGGUGUGCAGUUAUGAACUCAGACUUCUUCUGACACUCAAAGCAGUAUUUUAAAGUUUGUUUGUUUUUUAUCUAUAAUUCUUUUCAUUUAAUGAUGCUAGCCCAAAGAGUGCUGCACGACUGAAGGUUUUUCUUAGUGCAAUUGAUUAAAGUUUAAAACGGUAAAAAAAUGGAGUGUAAUAGCAUCGUUUUGCAUUGUCUGGGGUGCAUUUUGCAGGUUUCAGUAAUGAAUUUACUUCUGUCAUUUAAUAAACAAAUUUUGCAAAUGCCAUGUACUGUGUGUAUAAACUAUCACAAUACCAACUACCACUGUUUUUCGUCUCUUUUAACAAAUUCGCCAUUAUGGGUAGGAGAAAAAAUCGAUACAGCAUAGUAUUGCAUUAUUUUGUCUGGUGAUGUAUUGUAUUGCUCAUUUACCAAGUAUCGACUUUUUCAAAUUAAUUGCUAAUAGUCAAAUUCAUGUCAAUAGAAAAAUAAAAUCAACUGUUUGUCCAGUGAUGUUGGCAGAGGUGACACCAUAGAGCAGGAGAAAGUUAGUACAACAAACAAAGCAGCACCUGGGGAGAGACAUCAGGAAUGCUAGCAGGGCACAAAUGAGAUGGACCUGACACAUUAGAUCUGCAAGAUGUACUAAAUUAAAAUAAAAUAUUGUGUAAAUAAGACAAACAUAAAGGAAAGGCAAAUGCUAAAUUAGCUAAACGGUUGAAAAAAUUGUGUAAAUCACAAUGUUGUAUUGCAAUACUCACCGUAUUGCAAAAUGUUAAAAAUCGCAGUAAUGUUGUAUCGUGGUCCAAGUAUCAUUAUAAUAUUGUAUCAUGGGGCCACUAGUGAUUCCCACCCCUAUCCUCCAUACAGUCUGUUUGAUGUUGGGAUAGUACUUCUUCAUCUAAGUCUCAUUUUUCAGUGCCAGAGAGAAUUACAAGUGUUAUUUCUACUUUUAUCCCCCCUUGUCACACUCAGACUGAAUGGACUACGCUGUGUGAAAACUGAGAAUCUGGAGGCAGUGAGCCAGGUGACCCAGCUGGACUUACGGGACAAUUGCUUGGACUCACUAGACUUGAGCUCCAUCUGCAACCUGGAGACUCUGCACUGUCAACGCAACCAGCUGGGGACACUCACACUCAGCGGCUUCACUCUGCGCACGCUUAACGCCAGCAGCAACUGUGAGUCAAAUAGAGCAUCAACUAGCUGCUGCCAUUGCUUUAGCGGCUGUUUUUUUCUGUUCGUGCCUUUCUCAUGAGUGAAACAUUCAUCGUAUAAACACACAUAUGAACAGCCUAGAUGUUUAGCUGCUCAUUGCUGCUUUUAUCUGCCCACAGGCCUCACAACAGUCAACAUCUAUCCCAUCCCUAACCAGCUGACACAGAUGGACCUAUCACAGUGAGUUCUGGCUGGGAAUAAGGAGUGUCAGUGGUCUCUCUUACCAGAUUUUACAACAGAGGCUCUCAAGUCUAAAAAUAGCAGCAGCAUCUAUGACUUAAGAUUCAUUUAUCCACUUUUUCUCGUAGUGCCCAGUGGAGGUGUAUGAAAGUUUGAAUAUAAAAAUGAACAAAUAAGAUUCCUGCAGAAAUUCUUAGAUGACCUGUUUUUCUGCUUAAACUGUGCUCCAUUUUUUAAAUGUAUUCUUUUGUAUACAUUUAAGAUUUGCACUGAUCUCCUUUGUUACACAAGAUUGACUGUAGCUAUCUAACAACUUGUCUGCUUUCCAGGCUACCUCAGUGAAAGAUUAGAGAUUUAACUUUAGGUGAUAAACAUCACAAACCUUUGAUCAAAGCACGAUAUUUCACUCCCUUACCUUUUUGUCUUAUUUUCACAUUUACUACACAUUGGAAGAUUUAUUAAUGAGCAGUAAAUGUCCCUGUGUCAGGGGUUACAGAAACCUUUCUAUGUUUAUAAAUGACUUCUGUUCAAUCUUUUCUGUACUGACUCUGCAAACUCACAAUAUUUAUUAUGAUGCAUUUAUAAAUCAUAGGUAUUCCUCAGUCAUCCUGCAGGAGAUUAAUUUACCUCCUAUUUGUCCACAUUUUUAAACAAACUGCUCAUUUUAACUUGAAAAGGAAAGUGUCAACUCUGCUCAGUUUGUGUGUUUGUCUCUAUGUGUGUGUAUGUGUGUGUGCGUGUGUGUUGAGACAGGAACCUUUUGGAGUACCUCCCAGAUUGGGUGUGUGACUGCAGAAAAAUUGAGAUGCUGGAUGUCACGCACAACCUCCUGUCUGAGCUUCCUUCCAGGUUACCAACAUUUUCCUGAUUUCUUGAUUCCUAAUUCUUAUUUUGUCACUAAUUCUGAAUCAUUUCUGCCAAGUCACGAGAAUCUAUUCAGACUUGUGUAGCAGACGGAGUGUGGAAUAAGAGAUCAUGAGCAAUGCCGCACUGUCGUACUUUUUCCACUGGCUGCUGUCUCUGUAAAGGGGCUUUUUUCUCUUAAACAGCAAAAAACUAAAAAGAUCGUUGUUAAAUAAAUUAGCAAUGUUGACCGUCUUUUUAGUUUUGCAACUCAUCAAGUAUGUCCAUGAAGACAGUGAUUUUUCAAGUCUCUGUCUCUUUUAACACCUUCUCUCACCUCUUACAGACUACUCAACAGCUUGAGUUUGAGAAAGCUGCUGGCAGGAAACAAUUGUUUGCAGAGAGUGCCUGACCUACUUGACCACAUCCCUCUGGAAGUCCUGGACCUCCAGCACAACAAGCUUUCUGAGCUCCCUGAGAGUCUGUUUUACAAGGCCUUAAAGUGAGUCUCUGAAGCCCUGUUUCUCUUUUAUUUCAGCUCUUCUCUCAUUACCAUUUAAGCUAUUCUUUGACUCUUUCAGUCGCUGGUUUCUCUACUCCAAAAUCUUUCCAUGCAGCGUGUUCCCUGUUUGGUUGCAGUUGACCAAACUGUGUUACUGCCAUGGUUUUAGGGCUGAAGUACAGACUUUAUAUAGGGAUUGUGGUCAAGAUCAAUGGAGCAUUCCAGACCGUAACUGGAGCUUCAUUUGCCCUCCUAUUUCCUGUGUGGUAAAUCACUUAACACCCAUUAGCAGUUCAAAUGCUCUAAUGUACUUUACUGUCUCUAAUGCUGAAUCGAAAUGGCAGGGACUGCAGUUUGCAUGAUGGGUUUCCUGAUUUGUUGUCCAAGAGCUGCCCGACAAGAGAAAGUAGUUCGACUGUAAAGUGAUGGAAACUAUCAAUGGCUAUAGAAGAAUGGGUGUAGAAACCAAGUUUUUAACACUUUCAACAGGUUUAUAUGUGUAGAUACAGACUUAUGCAAGACCAGAGACAUGUUAACAGUCUUCUAAUGUUUGUAUACUGCCAGGAAAUAUUUUGAUUUUCAAUUUCUAAAAAAUGUUUGCGUGAAACACAAGCGGUUCAAUAAGUUCACAUGCCACACAUGGCAUUUCUCACACUGAGAAGUGAUAAAACUUGCGGCACAUUAGUAACACUGUAUAUAAAAGACAUUACUAAUACUGUGAUUGGAUGAGGUGAUGGCAGACUGCUCUGCUUGAAUCAGCAACCUAUCAGCCAAUCAGAAAACAGUGAUUCCUGUUGCCAGGUGAAAUAGCAGCGCUGUAAUCAAUGUCUUCCACAUGUGCAAAUGCUGCCAUUGUGUAAACAGUAAAUCUACUGUUUACACAAUGGCUUGGGCUGUAAAUUAAUUGAGUUUCUGUUUUUAAAUGCCAUGUAAAUGUGUACACACACACACACACACACAUACUGGUUUCCAUGGUUGAUGAGGACCAAUGUUUUGAUCAUUACUUCCGGGGACCACCCUUUCUAAAGGCUCUGGAGGACUGAAAAAAAUCAAGUAGACUAAACAGAGGCCUGUUAGCUCAUACACAACUUCAAAUGUCUGAAUUGAUGAGUUGAUGUUGUCCCCAUCCUAAGUGGGGACCUAUAAAGAACCGGUUGAAUGUUACUGAUGGGGACUAAAUUUAAAUAUCAUUUGCAUAAUUUUGCAUUUUUAACACAACAAUGGUCAUGAUUAUUGGGGACUUAGCAAUAAAUGUACUAUUAUUAUAUCUAAAUGUAGUAAAUCCUCUGGUUAUUGCAUUUCUUUUUAAAGUUUAAUGUGUGGAUGGACUCUAAGCAGGAAUAAAAGAUACAUUUGUUGCAAAUCAAUCACACAACUUCGUUAUUUUGACUAGUUUCAAUAUGUAAAUAAAGAGGUGAAGUUUGGGGUCUGAAAAGGUUUAAGUGAUCCAAAGGAUCACUUUUGCAAAAGUCUUGCUGUAUAUGUUGCCACCUUAAGAGCUUGUUAAGAGAUUGAAAUGUAUUCAUAGGUCUAAUGAUAUCAUCUGUAUCAUUAAAGUAAUAUUCAUAAAUAAGGUAAAGACUCUCUAUUCUAAUGAAUAAUUUUAAUACAUUUUAACCACAACCGCCCAGCUUUAGCCCCAGCUCCUCAACCUCCUGACACCUUGUGUGAAAUCAGCAAAACUACCCCUACCAAAUGAACUUCGAGGCACCAGAAUUUUUUAAAUGGCAACACUCAAUUUUUAAUGAAUACAACUCCUGAAAUAAAUCCAACACACCAACAAAAAGUUUGGAGUCAAAUAGAUAACAAAAAAAAAGAAAAAAAUCUUAAUGCCUGAGUUCUGCAAAGUGAUUACAUCACCAUCAUUCUAUCAUCAGUGUGAAUUUAAGUAGACACCCAACAAUAUCACAUUUAGUAUAAACUCACUCAAACUUCUAACAAUUUCAAGUCUUAAUGCCUGAGUUCUCCAUAGGAACUGAAAAUGUGAACUGUGGACACAAAAGAAGGUCUUCAGUAACCAGAUUAAACAAGGAAAAACAUCACUCAGCAGACUGAGAGAAAAAGGAAAAGUGUGGAGGGUUUUACGCUUCCUUGCAAAUAACUAACUGAUUUUAGUUGGCACUGAAACACUGAACAUACAAUGCAGAAGGAGGCAGUGUGUUCAGUGUGAUCCACAAGUGAAUAUUAACAAAAAAUGACCUACCGUAGGAAUGGUUAUCUCAAAUUACUGAAGUUGCACUUUCCUUUUGAAAGCUGUAAUGCGGUUGUACACAUAGAACUUUACGUUCUGCCAGGUGCGGUCCUUCAGAGCUUCUGGUUCAGCACUUAAACACUUCUGACAGUCGCUUUUGGAUGGUACAAUGCAGGAUGUAAUGAAUCUUUUCAGGUGCCUUUCCACCGCCUGCACCUCUUUCUGUUGCCAGGGCAUUUUCUUCUGUUUUUUCUGGGGAGCUUUGCCUUGAGGCGGCCAGAAAAACAAAAUUGUGAUUAAAAAAGGGGUAAAGAAAAAUAAUUAGUGUAUGCCAUUUUUUGUAGAUAUUUGCGCCGAUGAAUAGAAAUACAUUUUCAUCUGUGUGAUUUCCUUACAUUUAUUUCAUGCCUGAAUGUAAACAGUAAGGACUGUUUUUAAUGUAAAUAAAAUAAUUUUCAAAAAGUUCAACUCUUGAAAAUAACAUUUAGUUCAUGAAGCUAUGAACUUUACUGUUUCUUAUUGAAAUAAAUGUGCUGCACAUUUUGUACAUGCACUCCUGCAUAAUUGUUAUUACUGCAUUGGGGUUAUCCUCUAAAAUGAAUUGAAAAAGCCCUGUAUUUAACGGAAUAAGCAUGAAACCCUUGACAAGAUCCUAAGCAUUGUAAUCUUGAUAUUUCUGUGCAACUAAAGCAAAACAAAUCAGUUGCAACAGUGACAAUUCUACACCAAAAUGUUUAAAUCAAAAUAAUUAUUAAUUAAAACAGCAAAGACGAAAAUCAGGUGUGAAUUCAAGCAGCUUAGUUACCUUUGGAGGAAGGCUUCAUAGCCCCACCUGGAGGUACCUCAUCACCUGGUGAUGGUGGUCUGCGUCUUUUGGAUGCUGACUGCUGCAUUUCACUCUCUUCUGUAGGAGGACACAACCCCUCUGCUGAUGGUUCUAUGGACAAAGACCAAAUUCCACAUUUUCAAGAAGUGUAGAGAAAUUGAUAUUUAUUUAUGAAUGUCAAUUAUAUCAUCUCGUUGAGCACACAUCUCCUCAAACUCAGAGGUGAUGGAUAAUCACCAAAAUUUGUGUAGUCUCUCUCCAUCUCUUUAUGAGCAUGUUCAGAGUAUUUUGCAAAAAAAAGACAAAGUUCAAGAUUAAUUUGACAUGACAGUGUCAUUUUUUGCCAAGUUUUCUAUAAAGAGUGAAUUUCUUUUGGCCCAUGAUAAAAAUCUUAUGCCAUGACAGACCCAAGUAAAGAUUUCUUGAUAACUUACUCUCCCUUUCAACUGUCAGUUAAUUAAAAGAUUGAGAUGGGGGACUAACAAUUUUUACCAGAGGGUUAGAGUACAACUAGUGUAUUAGAAUAGCUGGUAACUGGUAUGUCAUCAGUAAUUAACUGACAAGACAUACCUUCAACAGUAGAAGUUUCCCCCUGGAUGCUCCUGUCAUCCUCUUCUUCUUCACUGUCAAGAACUUUUUCUGUGAAAGUAGUACAGAGUACAUUCUUCCAAUGUGAAUUAAAUCAUCUGGUAAACAAAGCAAAACAAAAAAGUCAAAUAAAAUAACUUACCAUCUGGCUCUAUCCUUAUUUCAUCUAAGUUCUUGCCAUGAAAGUCAGAUAAUCUUCCUUGCUCAAGUGCCAUUAGAACCUUGCUUAUCUUGGCAAGCUGUAGGGUCUUUUCAGGGAGUCUGUAGAACUCUCGGUGGAUUCUGAUGUCAUGGCCAAGAAAGUUGGCCAGCUGGUCCAUCUCCGUAUCUGUCAUGUUAAGCACUGUCGAAAGAGUUGCAGCAUGCUUUCGAAGUCUGGUCGAUGUCAGUGACCUUGGACACUUUGCAUUGCACCCCUUUGCAAAGCUACGGAGGCAGUCUGAACCUCGGAAAUGUGACAUUGCUCCUGGUCUUGCGAACAUAUAACAGUUUUCAUUUAGAACCCCACAAGCCUCUCUCUGUUUGACAAGGAGUUCCAGUAAACACAGCAUUUUUGGAGUCAGAAGUAUUGGGACAGGCCGACCACAUUUACCUCUGAUGACAAUCCUUGAGAAGUGUCUGCACAGCUUUUUCUCCACUUCAGAGAGUGCCCAGUCCACAUCCUCAUGUGCAUCAGUGGAGUCUCUUGAUAAAAAUGCUGAUAAGGGCAUGCUUGACACCUCACCCUCCCUGCGACGGUUAAAGAGAAUAAUCUGGGCCAAACACACCUUUGCCAGCUCCAUCCAGGCUCUUGUAGAGGGACUUUCUGAGAGAGAUUUGUGCCACUCAUCUUGCAUUUGACUGAGAUAAGUGUGCAUCUUUUGGACAUCUUGGGUAAAGGGCAUAAGAGUAGGGACAUUCCACUUUGCUUCCCUGAUGUUUCUCAAGGCAGUUGCUGAGAUCACUUCAUUCCACUUCUCCUGAUGCACCUCUUGAAACCCACUGGCAUUCUUCACAAGCUCGUUGUUGUUGGAUAUUAAACCCUGAGCUUUUAAUAGUUUGCUUGCUUUAACCAGGGCAUUUCCAAGUUUGAUAGCCAGUGAUGGAAUGAGGAACUUGUUUGUGUCACUUUCAUACCCACAUGUAAGCUUGACAGCUUUGACAGUCUCCAUGUACUUCUCUGGAUUGAUGAGGUCCUCCAUUUUGUUUAAUGUGGUGCCUCUCCUGGCACUCUUGAUCAACCUUCCCAAUUCUCGCAUCUUCUCUCUCACAUUCUGUUUAUUUUUGUCUGAUGACCCACCUUUGUUUAGCAAGUGUUGUCCAAUAUCAAGAAUGACUUUGUCAUUUUUUAUGAUGUCAGUGAUUGGGUCAGGAUUCAUGCUACUGAUUACUUCCCACAGUUCUUUUUUUAUGUAGGAAGGCACAGGUUCUGCAUAUUUACACAUGGACUGGACACGGUUCUUUCCUGGUUUGGGGGUGACUGAUUCAGGUCUGAGUCUACAUCUACGCAUGUGUCGCCACAGGACUUUUCUGGUAAAAAGUGCUUGGCAAUAUGCACAAUGCAUAAAGUCCUUUCCCUCUAACUCUUCAACUGGUCGUUUGAAUGCAACAAGUUUCCCCUUUCCUGACUCCAUGACUGCAGCAUUGUGUGCAAAGUUCCCUUGGUUGCGAAUAUAAUCUAGUUGUAAUUUUCUUUUCUUGGAGCCCUUUGGAAAGCUUAGAGCUUUGGCUACACUGGAUAUAUCCAUAUGUGCAGCCUCUAGAUGUCUGGCCAUCUUCGCAUAAGGCUUAGAGCAAUACAGACAAUAAUGUCUUUUGUCAUAAACUCUUUUCCCAGCUCUCUUUUGGCAUGCAGUAACAACUAUCACGUCAUUUAUGUUCUGACUUGAGCAAGGCUCUUCUUCUGCUCCAGUGGCUUUGGAUGGAAGAAAGAGAUGGUCUGGCGUUGUGCUGUCAACUUCAGGGGAGCUCACUGGGUCAGGAACAUAAGUUUUGUCAGCAAGAGACCUUUGAGUCUUUGGGCUAAGGUGAAGGCUAGUAUCACUAUCACUGUCACUUUCGCAUGUGGUAUCUGGAAUGUAAUCAUCUCCACUCUCAGAUGCAGAAUCAUACAGUUCAGCAGAAUCUUCAAGAUUUAUGUCUUUCAUCUAAAAAAAAGAAAUGUAAUUCAAAAUAUGUAAAACUUUCAAUUUGGUUAACAAACAGUACAGAGAAAUAUUCAAGGGAAACAUAUGUUAUGGACUGAUUUUGUUAUUUCAGUUUUGGAAAGCAUGUACAAUUAUGCUCAAUUGCUUCUUUACAGUGUUCACUAAGACAAAACCUCUGCCAGGUCUUGGUAACCAUGAGGCCACUCAGUUAUAUUUGCACACAACUUUGGCCUUGACAAGAGACAGGUCUCUCACUUAAGUGAAAAACAGCCAAAGAUCCAGACUAGUAACAUUUCUAAGAUGCAAUGAGACAGGUGUCUACUCUCAUGUUUUAAACACAGUUAGAUUAAUAUUGCAUAUUCAUGAUCUGACUUUAAACCUUACAUCAAAUUUGCUGAAAACUAAGACAAAAAAAAAUUCUUCAGAGAUGUUUUGAAUACUGAAAUGUGGAAUGUCUUUACAUUUGCCAUUUCCCUCAGCUUUGAGAAAAAGUCAGAGGCAUUCAAGGCUCUCAUAUUUAAUGACUUCAAUUUUGAAACUUACAAUGACACUUUUGGUCCGUCUCAACUUUGGCACAGAGAUCUCAACGUCACUCUGAGAGGCGACAAUCUGACAACAAAAGAAACUAUAAACAUCAUAUUUCCAAUAUAACAGAAUAUACACUUAAUAAAAUUGAAUUGUCCCUUUACUACCAAAUUUUAUCAGUGCAGUGGAUAUAUUGGCAGUAUGGCAUUUUUUAAGGCUGUGUUAAGCAUGUAAAAAGCUAGUACAUUACAGAUAAGGUGCCUUGAUGUUUAUAUUAAAUAAUAUAUGCAGGAUUUUUCUAUUGACCACAACAGGCUUUUUGGGGACACUUCACACACUAGAUUAAGCUGCCUUGUGGGGACCACAUGUGUCUGAAUCUGCUUCUCUACCCAGAGUGAGAAACUGACUCAAAGUGUCUUAUGGGGACAUCUUAAGUGUUUUUACAAUACACUGAUAAUAAAUCAAUAAGAAAACUCCAGAGCAGGCUCAGUCCAAAACCUGUAUCUCAUACAAACCACCAAGCUUCUAUGUUCUUUACAUUUGACUGCCCAGUGCACUGGUUGAAACUGAAUUUCAUGAUUUUUUACCCUAUUUUGUCACUUUUUAGCAUUGUAAGACAUCAAAUAUGACAGAAGAAUGGUUUUAAUAUGAAAUGUAAGGUUAUAAAUAUGACUCACCUGAUUAGAGGUGCUAUCUUGACCAAUGGUGUCAUCUUUGGUAGCCUGUGGCUGUGUGGAGGGAUUGGGGAUGUCCACCUCCAUGUUGUGCAGUAGGCACCUAGUCUCCUGUGGAUCAAAUCACAAAAAUAUAUUUGAUUUAGAAAAAUUAAAAAAGAAUAAAUUUGACAUAACUACAGUAUAAUACACAUGGAUUUUUUCUAAAAACACAACAGGCUUUGUGGGGACGCGUCACACACUAGAUUAAGCUGCCUUAAGGGGACCACAUGUGUCUGAAUCUGGUCCUCUACCCAGAGUGAGAAACUGACUCAAAGUGUCUUAUGGGGACAUCGUAAGUGUUUACAAUACACUGAUAAUAAAUCAAUAAGAAAACUCCAGAGCAGGCUCAGACCAAAACCUGUAUCUCAUACAAACCACCAAGCUUCUAUGUUCUUUACAUUUGACUGCCCAGUGCACUGGUUCAAACUGAAUUUCAUGAUUUUUUACCCUAUUUUUUCACUUUUUAGCAUUGUAAGACAUCAAACAUGACAAAAAAAUUGUAAUAAAAUGAAAUGUUAGGUGAUAAAUAUGACUCACCUGAUCAGAGGUGCUAUCUUGACCAAUGGUGUCAUCUUUGGUAGCCUGUGGCUGGGUGGAGGGAUUGGGGAUGUCCACCUCCCAGUUAUGCAGUAGGCCCCUAGUCUCCUGUGGAUCAAAUAACAAAAAUAUAUUUGAUUUAGAGAAAUAAAAAAAGAAUAAAUUUGCCAUAACUACAUUAAAAUACACAUGGAAUUUUUCUAAAAACACAACAGGCUUUGUGGGGACGCGUCACACACGAGAUUAAGCUGCCUUGUGGGGACCAGAUGUGUCUGAAUCUGCUUCUCUACCCAGAGUGAGAAACUGACUCAAAGUGUCUUAUGGGGACAUUGUAAGUGUUUACAAUUCACUGAUAAUAAAUCAAUAAGAAAACUCCAGAGCAGGCUCAAACCAAAACAUUUAUCUUAUACAAACCACCAAGCUUCUAUGUUGUUUACAUUUGACUGCCCAGUGCACUGGUUCAAACUGAAUUUCAUGAUUUUUUACCCUAUUUUUUCACUUUUUAGCAAUGUAAGACAUCAAAUCUGACAGAAGAAUGGUUUUAAUAUGAAAUGUAAGGUGAUAAAUAUGACUCACCUGAUUAGAGGUGCUAUCUUGACCAAUGGUGUCAUCUUUGGUAGCCUGUGGCUGUGUGGAGGGAUUGGGGAUGUCCACCUCCAUGUUGUUCAGUAGGCCCCUAGUCUCCUGUGGAUACACAUUACAAAAUAUAUUUGAUUUGGAGAAAUUGAAACUUGAAUAAAUUUGCCAUAACUACAUUAAAAUACACAUGGAAUUUUUCUAAAAACACAACAGGCUUUGUGGGGACGCGUCACACACGAGAUUAAGCUGCCUUGUGGGGACCAUAUGUGUCUGAAUCUGCUUCUCUACCCAGAGUGAGAAACUGACUCAAAGUGUCUUAUGGGGACAUUGUAAGUGUUUACAAUUCACUGAUAAUAAAUCAAUAAGAAAACUCCAGAGCAGGCUCAAACCAAAACAUUUAUCUUAUACAAACCACCAAGCUUCUAUGUUCAUUACAUUUGACUGCCCAGUGCACUGGUUGAAACUGAAUUUCAUGAUUUUUUACCCUAUUUUGUCACUUUUUAGCAUUGUAAGACAUCAAAUAUGACAGAAGAAUGGUUUUAAUAUGAAAUGUAAGGUUAUAAAUAUGACUCACCUGAUUAGAGGUGCUAUCUUGACCAAUGGUGUCAUCUUUGGUAGCCUGUGGCUGUGUGGAGGGAUUGGGGAUGUCCACCUCCAUGUUGUGCAGUAGGCACCUAGUCUCCUGUGGAUCAAAUCACAAAAAUAUAUUUGAUUUAGAAAAAUUAAAAAAGAAUAAAUUUGACAUAACUACAGUAUAAUACACAUGGAUUUUUUCUAAAAACACAACAGGCUUUGUGGGGACGCGUCACACACUAGAUUAAGCUGCCUUAAGGGGACCACAUGUGUCUGAAUCUGGUCCUCUACCCAGAGUGAGAAACUGACUCAAAGUGUCUUAUGGGGACAUCGUAAGUGUUUACAAUACACUGAUAAUAAAUCAAUAAGAAAACUCCAGAGCAGGCUCAGACCAAAACCUGUAUCUCAUACAAACCACCAAGCUUCUAUGUUCUUUACAUUUGACUGCCCAGUGCACUGGUUCAAACUGAAUUUCAUGAUUUUUUACCCUAUUUUUUCACUUUUUAGCAUUGUAAGACAUCAAACAUGACAAAAAAAUUGUAAUAAAAUGAAAUGUUAGGUGAUAAUAUAUGACUCACCUGAUCAGAGGUGCUAUCUUGACCAAUGGUGUCAUCUUUGGUAGCCUGUGGCUGGGUGGAGGGAUUGGGGAUGUCCACCUCCCAGUUAUGCAGUAGGCCCCUAGUCUCCUGUGGAUCAAAUAACAAAAAUAUAUUUGAUUUAGAGAAAUAAAAAAAGAAUAAAUUUGCCAUAACUACAUUAAAAUACACAUGGAAUUUUUCUAAAAACACAACAGGCUUUGUGGGGACGCGUCACACACGAGAUUAAGCUGCCUUGUGGGGACCACAUGUGUCUGAAUCUGCUUCUCUACCCAGAGUGAGAAACUGACUCAAAGUGUCUUAUGGGGACAUUGUAAGUGUUUACAAUUCACUGAUAAUAAAUCAAUAAGAAAACUCCAGAGCAGGCUCAAACCAAAACAUUUAUCUUAUACAAACCACCAAGCUUCUAUGUUCUUUACAUUUGACUGCCCAGUGCACUGGUUCAAACUGAAUUUCAUGAUUUUUUACCCUAUUUUGUCACUUUUUAGCAUGUAAGACAUCAAAUCUGACAGAAGAAUGGUUUUAAUAUGAAAUGUAAGGUGAUAAAUAUGACUCACCUGAUCAGAGGUGCUAUCUUGACCAAUGGUGUCAUCUUUGGUAGCCUGUGGCUGUGUGGAGGGAUUGGGGAUGUCCACCUCCAUGUUGUUCAGUAGGCCCCUAGUCUCCUGUGGAUACACAUUACAAAAUAUAUUUGAUUUGGAGAAAUUGAAACUUGAAUAAAUUUGCCAUAACUACAUUAUAAUACACAUGGAAUUUUUCUAAAAACACAACAGGCUUUGUGGGGACGCGUCACACACGAGAUUAAGCUGCCUUGUGGGGACCAUAUGUGUCUGAAUCUGCUUCUCUACCCAGAGUGAGAAACUGACUCAAAGUGUCUUAUGGGGACAUUGUAAGUGUUUACAAUUCACUGAUAAUAAAUCAAUAAGAAAACUCCAGAGCAGGCUCAAACCAAAACAUUUAUCUUAUACAAACCACCAAGCUUCUAUGUUCAUUACAUUUGACUGCCCAGUGCACUGGUUCAAACUGAAUUUCAUGAUUUUUUUACCCUAUUUUUUCACUUUUUAGCAUUGUAAGACAUCAAACAUGACAAAAAAUUGUAAUAAAAUGAAAUGUAAGGUGAUAAAUAUGACUCACCUGAUUAGAGGUGCUAUCUUGACCAAUGGUGUCAUCUUUGGUAGCCUGUGGCUGUGUGGAGGGAUUGGGGAUGUCCACCUCCAUGUUGUUCAGUAGGCCCCUAGUCUCCUGUGGAUACACAUUACAAAAUAUAUUUGAUUUGGAGAAAUUGAAACUUGAAUAAAUUUGCCAUAACUACAUUAAAAUACACAUGGAAUUUUUCUAAAAACACAACAGGCUUUGUGGGGACGCGUCACACACGAGAUUAAGCUGCCUUGUGGGGACCAUAUGUGUCUGAAUCUGCUUCUCUACCCAGAGUGAGAAACUGACUCAAAGUGUCUUAUGGGGACAUUGUAAGUGUUUACAAUUCACUGAUAAUAAAUCAAUAAGAAAACUCCAGAGCAGGCUCAAACCAAAACAUUUAUCUUAUACAAACCACCAAGCUUCUAUGUUCUUUACAUUUGACUGCACAUUGCACUGGUUCAAACUGAAUUUCAUGAUUUUUUACCCUAUUUUGUCACUUUUUAGCAUUGUAAGACAUCAAAUCUGACAGAAGAAUGGUUUUAAUAUGAAAUGUAAGGUGAUAAAUAUGACUCACCUGAUCAGAGGUGCUAUCUUGACCAAUGGUGUCAUCUUUGGUAGCCUGUGGCUGUGUGGAGGGAUUGGGAUGUCCACCUCCAUGUUGUUCAGUAGGCCCUAGUCUCCUGUGGAUACACAUUACAAAAUAUAUUUGAUUUGGAGAAAUUGAAACUUGAAUAAAUUUGCCAUAACUACAUUAUAAUACACAUGGAUUUUUUCUAAAAACACAAUACACUUUGUGGGGACACUUCACACACUAGAUUAAGCUGCCUUGUGGGGACCAGAUGUGUCUGAAUCUGCUUCUCUACCCAGAGUGAGAAAUUACUCAAAGUGUCUUAUGGGGACAUCGUAAGUGUUUACAAUUCACUGAUAAUAAAUCAAUAAGAAAACUCCAGAGCAGGCUCAAACCAAAACCUUUAUCUUAUACAAACCACCAAGCUUCUAUGUUGUUUACAUUUGACUGCCCAGUGCACUGGUUCAAACUGAAUUUCAUGAUUUUUUACCCUAUUUUUUCACUUUUUAGCAUUGUAAGACAUCAAACAUGACAAAAAAUUGUAAUAAAAUGAAAUGUAAGGUGAUAAAUAUGACUCACCUGAUCAGAGGUGCUAUCUUGACCAAUGGUGUCAUCUUUGGUAGCCUGUGGCUGGGUGGAGGGAUUGGGGAUGUCCACCUCCCAGUUAUGCAGUAGGCCCCUAGUCUCCUGUGGAUCAAAUAACAAAAAUAUAUUUGAUUUAGAGAAAUAAAAAAAGAAUAAAUUUGCCAUAACUACAUUAAAAUACACAUGGAAUUUUUCUAAAAACACAACAGGCUUUGUGGGGACGCGUCACACACGAGAUUAAGCUGCCUUGUGGGGACCAGAUGUGUCUGAAUCUGCUUCUCUACCCAGAGUGAGAAACUGACUCAAAGUGUCUUAUGGGGACAUUGUAAGUGUUUACAAUUCACUGAUAAUAAAUCAAUAAGAAAACUCCAGAGCAGGCUCAAACCAAAACAUUUAUCUUAUACAAACCACCAAGCUUCUAUGUUGUUUACAUUUGACUGCCCAGUGCACUGGUUCAAACUGAAUUUCAUGAUUUUUUACCCUAUUUUGUCACUUUUUAGCAUUGUAAGACAUCAAAUCUGACAGAAGAAUGGUUUUAAUAUGAAAUGUAAGGUGAUAAAUAUGACUCACCUGAUCAGAGGUGCUAUCUUGACCAAUGGUGUCAUCUUUGGUAGCCUGUGGCUGUGUGGAGGGAUUGGGGAUGUCCACCUCCAUGUUGUUCAGUAGGCCCCUAGUCUCCUGUGGAUACACAUUACAAAAUAUAUUUGAUUUGGAGAAAUUGAAACUUGAAUAAAUUUGCCAUAACUACAUUAAAAUACACAUGGAAUUUUUCUAAAAACACAACAGGCUUUGUGGGGACGCGUCACACACGAGAUUAAGCUGCCUUGUGGGGACCAUAUGUGUCUGAAUCUGCUUCUCUACCCAGAGUGAGAAACUGACUCAAAGUGUCUUAUGGGGACAUUGUAAGUGUUUACAAUUCACUGAUAAUAAAUCAAUAAGAAAACUCCAGAGCAGGCUCAAACCAAAACAUUUAUCUUAUACAAACCACCAAGCUUCUAUGUUCAUUACAUUUGACUGCCCAGUGCACUGGUUCAAACUGAAUUUCAUGAUUUUUUUACCCUAUUUUUUCACUUUUUAGCAUUGUAAGACAUCAAACAUGACAAAAAAUUGUAAUAAAAUGAAAUGUAAGGUGAUAAAUAUGACUCACCUGAUCAGAGGUGCUAUCUUGACCAAUGGUGUCAUCUUUGGUAGCCUGUGGCUGGGUGGAGGGAUUGGGGAUGUCCACCUCCCAGUUAUGCAGUAGGCCCCUAGUCUCCUGUGGAUCAAAUAACAAAAAUAUGUUUGAUUUAGAGAAAUAAAAAAAGAAUAAAUUUGCCAUAACUAUAUUAAAAUACACAUGGAAUUUUUCUAAAAACACAACAGGCUUUGUGGGGACGCGUCACACACGAGAUUAAGCUGCCUUGUGGGGACCAGAUGUGUCUGAAUCUGCUUCUCUACCCAGAGUGAGAAACUGACUCAAAGUGUCUUAUGGGGACAUUGUAAGUGUUUACAAUUCACUGAUAAUAAAUCAAUAAGAAAACUCCAGAGCAGGCUCAAACCAAAACAUUUAUCUUAUACAAACCACCAAGCUUCUAUGUUCUUUACAUUUGACUGCCCAGUGCACUGGUUCAAACUGAAUUUCAUGAUUUUUUACCCUAUUUUUUCACUUUUUAGCAUUGUAAGACAUCAACCAUGACAAAAAUUGUUUUAAAAUGAAAUGUAAGGUGAUAAAUAUGACUCACCUGAUCAGAGGUGCUAUCUUGACCAAUGGUGUCAUCUUUGGUAGCCUGUGGCUGGGUGGAGGGAUUGGGGAUGUCCACCUCCCAGUUAUGCAGUAGGCCCCUAGUCUCCUGUGGAUCAAAUAACAAAAAUAUAUUUGAUUUAGAGAAAUAAAAAAAGAAUAAAUUUGCCAUAACUACAUUAAAAUACACAUGGAAUUUUUCUAAAAACACAACAGGCUUUGUGGGGACGCGUCACACACGAGAUUAAGCUGCCUUGUGGGGACCAUAUGUGUCUGAAUCUGCUUCUCUACCCAGAGUGAGAAACUGACUCAAAGUGUCUUAUGGGGACAUUGUAAGUGUUUACAAUUCACUGAUAAUAAAUCAAUAAGAAAACUCCAGAGCAGGCUCAGACCAAAACCUGUAUCUCAUACAAACCACCAAGCUUCUAUGUUGUUUACAUUUGACUGCCCAGCGCACUGGUUUAAACUGAAUUUCAUGAUUUUUUACCCUAUUUUUUCACUUUUUAGCAAUGUAAGACAUCAAAUCUGACAGAAGAAUGGUUUUAAUAUGAAAUGUAAGGUGAUAAAUAUGACUCACCUGAUUAGAGGUGCUAUCUUGACCAAUGGUGUCAUCUUUGGUAGCCUGUGGCUGUGUGGAGGGAUUGGGGAUGUCCACCUCCAUGUUGUUCAGUAGGCCCCUAGUCUCCUGUGGAUACACAUUACAAAAUAUAUUUGAUUUGGAGAAAUUGAAACUUGAAUAAAUUUGCCAUAACUACAUUAUAAUACACAUGGAUUUUUUCUAAAAACACAAUACACUUUGUGGGGACACUUCACACACUAGAUUAAGCUGCCUUGUUGGGACCACAUGUGUCUGAAUCUGCCUCUUUACCCAGAGUGAGAAAUUACUCAAAGUGUCUUAUGGGGACACCGUAAGUGUUUACAAUACACUGAUAAUAAAUCAAUAAGAAAACUCCAGAGCAGUCUCAGACCAAAACCUGUAUCUCUUACAAACCACCAAGCUUCUAUGUUCUUUACAUUUGACUGCCCAGUGCACUGGUUGAAACUGAAUUUCAUGAUUUUUUACCCUAUUUUUUCACUUUUUAGCAUUGUAAGACAUCAAAUCUAACAGAAGAAUGGUUUUAAUAUGAAAUGUAAGGUGAUAAAUAUGACUCACCUGAUCAGAGGUGCUAUCUUGACCAAUGGUGUCAUCUUUGGUAGCCUGUGGCUGGAUGGAGGGAUUGGGGAUGUCCACCUCCGGGUUAUGCAGUAGGCCCCUAGUCUCCUGUGGAUCAAAUAACAAAAAUAUAUUUGAUUUGGAGAAAUUGAAACUUGAAUAAAUUUGCCAUAACUACAUUAUAAUACACAUGGAUUUUUCUAUUGACCACAACAGGCUUUGUGGGGACACUUCACACACUAGAUUAAGCUGCCUUGUGGGGACCAGAUGUGUCUGAAUCUGGUCCUCUAUCCAGAGUGAGAAACUGACUCAAAGUGUCUUAUGGGGACAUCGUAAGUGUUUACAAUUCACUGAUAAUAAAUCAAUAAGAAAACUCCAGAGCAGGCUCAAACCAAAACAUUUAUCUUAUACAAACCACCAAGCUUCUAUGUUGUUUACAUUUGACUGCCCAGUGCACUGGUUUAAACUGAAUUUCAUGAUUUUUUACCCUAUUUUGUCACUUUUUAGCAUUGUAAGACAUCAAAUCUGACAGAAGAAUGGUUUUAAUAUGAAAUGUAAGGUGAUAAAUAUGACUCACCUGAUCAGAGGUGCUAUCUUGACCAAUGGUGUCAUCUUUGGUAGCCUGUGGCUGGGUGGAGGGAUUGGGGAUGUCCACCUCCCAGUUAUGCAGUAGGCCCCUAGUCUCCUGUGGAUCAAAUAACAAAAAUAUAUUUGAUUUAGAGAAAUAAAAAAAGAAUAAAUUUGCCAUAACUACAUUAAAAUACACAUGGAAUUUUUCUAAAAACACAACAGGCUUUGUGGGGACGCGUCACACACGAGAUUAAGCUGCCUUGUGGGGACCAGAUGUGUCUGAAUCUGCUUCUCUACCCAGAGUGAGAAACUGACUCAAAGUGUCUUAUGGGGACAUUGUAAGUGUUUACAAUUCACUGAUAAUAAAUCAAUAAGAAAACUCCAGAGCAGGCUCAAACCAAAACAUUUAUCUUAUACAAACCACCAAGCUUCUAUGUUGUUUACAUUUGACUGCCCAGUGCACUGGUUCAAACUGAAUUUCAUGAUUUUUUACCCUAUUUUUUCACUUUUUAGCAAUGUAAGACAUCAAAUCUGACAGAAGAAUGGUUUUAAUAUGAAAUGUAAGGUGAUAAAUAUGACUCACCUGAUUAGAGGUGCUAUCUUGACCAAUGGUGUCAUCUUUGGUAGCCUGUGGCUGUGUGGAGGGAUUGGGGAUGUCCACCUCCAUGUUGUUCAGUAGGCCCCUAGUCUCCUGUGGAUACACAUUACAAAAUAUAUUUGAUUUAGAGAAAUUGAAACUUGAAUAAAUUUGCCAUAACUACAUUAUAAUACACAUGGAUUUUUUCUAAAAACACAAUACACUUUGUGGGGACACUUCACACACUAGAUUAAGCUGCCUUGUGGGGACCAGAUGUGUCUGAAUCUGCUUCUCUACCCAGAGUGAGAAAUUACUCAAAGUGUCUUAUGGGGACAUCGUAAGUGUUUACAAUACACUGAUAAUAAAUCAACAAGAAAACUCCAGAGCAGGCUCAAACCAAAACCUUUAUCUUAUACAAACCACCAAGCUUCUAUGUUGUUUACAUUUGACUGCCCAGUGCACUGGUUCAAACUGAAUUUCAUGAUUUUUUACCCUAUUUUGUCACUUUUUAGCAUUGUAAGACAUCAAAUCUGACAGAAGAAUGGUUUUAAUAUGAAAUGUAAGGUGAUAAAUAUGACUCACCUGAUCAGAGGUGCUAUCUUGACCAAUGGCAUCAUCUUUGGUAGCCUUCAGCUGGGUGGAGGGAUUGGGGAUGUCCACCUCCAGGAAGUUUAGUAGGGUCCUGGCCUCCUGUUGAUACACAUUGUAAAACUAUAAAUUUUGAUAGUGAAUACUUAUUAGACUUGAUAAAAAAUGCACUGAAUUAAACACAUGUUAAGAACACUUCACUGGGGGCUGAGAUGGAUGCAAUGUACCUUUUGGCGAGUAUGCUUUAUGUGCUUAUCCUUUGGGACAUUGGAGUGGAGGGACUUGCUUGACCCUUUCACAGUUUCCUCAGCCACCUUUGAACAUAUUAAUUUUUAUGUAUCUUGAAUUACUUUUUUACUUCAGUUUUAAAAAAUGAGCCAAUCUUAGUGCAACAUACUUGUGUUCGCCAUGGGCAGUCAGCAUCUCCAUAAUCAUAGGUUAUUUCUUCUCCCUCUUUAAUGUCGUUCAGUGCAAACAAACAAAGGUGUGGGUUUCCGGUCACCUCAAUUUUUUUCAUCUUACAGUUUGGAGACCUGUGUUCAUCAUUGACCAGUCGCCCAUAUGAUUCAUCUUCUCUUGAUGCAUCAAUGCUUGAAAAAUCAAAACACAAGACAAUGAGAAACUAAAUAUCACAGUAUUUCUUAAGAAAGUCAAAACCCUUUGAUAGUAGAGUGUCAUCCUACCACCAUGUUUUCCCUCUCCACUGAAAUGCAAACAUAAAUGCAGCACAUGAUGGGUGGUAAAGUUUUCUUCUGCUGCUGUAUUCUGCAUCCGUUAUCAAAUCUCCCCUGUAUUCAACAACAAAAUCUCCUUUGCAAAAAGGAGUCUUUGCAAAUACACCACGUCCUAAAAAAGAUAGCAGAAACAUUUAACAGAAAAGUGAGACCUUAAUGCUGUGUAUUAAUUUAGACCUCAAGAGAUAGUAAGCCUAUACAAAGCUGCAAUCUCUAGCUUAACUAGUUUAUCCUGACAUCUUACAUCAAAUACUUAUGAGAUGGCAAUUGUAUACAUAAGGAGUAAUUCACAAAUAUGUCCUGUCACCUUACCUUUUAUUGCAUUGAUAAACUUCACCUCUAAUUUGGAUAUCUUGUCAGACCUUGACAAAACAUGAUGACUGGCAUCUUUAAGAGGGCUUAUCCGUGGUGGCAUUUCAAACCAAGGGAUAUAUUUCAAACCUGCAAUAAAUGUAGUCACAUUAUGAAGGCUUUAAUGGUAUUAGAUCUAUAUAUGCAGAGGUGUUUUACAUUUGAUUUCAAAACCCAAUUCAAACCAGUGUUAAGCUGUAAAGAACAUUACAUUAAAUUUUAGUCUAUUGCUGGUUUAGUGUGGACUAUUUGUGAAUUUUAGUCAGAAUUUGUAACCAUUUUAGUCACUGUAUACAUUAAAAAGACCAGUAAGAGUUUUCACUCAUACAGCCCUUAUUUCUUUCAUAUUAUGAAAGGAUGUCAAGGUCAUUGAUAAUCUUUGUAAUAGUUGUCAGACGCUGCCAAUAUUUUUUCCAACGAUAAACUCUAUAAUUCAUUUAUUACUGAAGUCUUCUAGUGAAUUUAGUCUCAUAUUCUACACAGUAUUUACUAAUCAUCUGUUAAGUCAUUACUCACUGCCCACUGAACACCCCAAACCAACUUCUAAAUCUCACAAAAUCAUGAAAAAUUACACUGUAUCUUACUUCUAGAAAGUCUCUGAUAAUUAUUUUAAUGAUCUGGACCUAAAUUUUGUCAAACUGACACUGGACAGGUGAAAACUUUUGAUCCAACUAAAGGGGUUAGCUAAAUAACGUCUUAGCUAGCUAACUGAUGUGCUGAAUGUCGACACUGUGGAAAAGCUGUAAAACUACAAAUCAAUCAGAAACCCCUGCUAUGUCAUUUCUUCUUUACUUCUGAAAAUAUAAAAGUCUGUAAAAACACCUGGCACUUACUGCAUGUGUCUGAGAUCCUGCACCAUACUCUCCGUUUUCCUGAUUACCAUCAGCUGCAUUUCAACCGUGGCUCGAUGUUACGUUCAGACUUAAAACAUACUUGACUUCCUCCAUGAUGUCAAAAUAAAAGCCACGGAUAGGAAGUUGUAUUCUCACGUCAGUAUUUUAAUGUUGUCAUAAUUUCCAUCUAGAAACUCAAAUUUCACUUUUUUAAAAGAUGGAAAUCGCAUUUCGUUUGACUGUUUGAAUUGUAUUUAAAAAAUACACAAAUUACCUUAGUCAGACCUUUGUUUUUAUAUAUGUGUGUAUAUAUAUAUAUAUAUAUAUAUAUAUAUAUAUAUAUAUAUAUAUAUAUAUAUAUAGUAUUGAUACUAUGAAGUUGGAGAAAGUUUUAAUGCAGCUGAGAUAGUUUUAUCUGAAAGCUAGUUUUGUAUCAAGAAGCUUAAUCUUAUGAAGAGAAACAAUUAGCUUUUCUUGAUGUAUUGAACCAUGAGCCUACCUAUCACUAAUUUUGAUUUGAAUUUGUCUCCUUUUUAUUAAAUUGUAACUGGUUAAAAAGAUGUCUUAAAACAUCUGAGGCGUUUAAGCUGAGUUAUCCUUGUAUUUAUGGUCUGAAUUACAAACUUUCGUGCAGUAGUAAAAAGUUUGUUGAACUUAGGUGCUUACCUUUUGCAUCUCUGUCAUUCCUUUGUAAAAAAAUCCUGUGAGUCUUUGCAUCUUCAUCAAACAAUCCUCUGUGUCCACCGUGCACUUAUUUCUCUGAAGACAACUUAAACACUCAAAAUUAUGUCGGCGAUAUUAUUGUUCCUAAUGGGGACUGGGAAGUAGGCGGUUCCUACCCAUAUUUGGAAUAUGUGUGUGUGGAGCCAACAAGUGCAUUACCAGCCAAAAACUAUAGAGGGGGCUACUGUGCAUGCCACACACACACACACUAGUGGAUAAACAUGCUUUUUGGGCCAACUCUAAAAAUCACAUAGGCAACAUCAGAGGAGCUCCUGCAAUCAUUUAAAAGGGUUUCCCUCAUGGGGACCUCAAUUUUGGUCCCCAAACUGCAAGAGGUCCCCAUGAGGUGACUGUGUAAACAGACUUUUGUCCUCAUGAGGCGAUGAAUACCAGAACACACACACACACACACACACACACACACACACACACACACACACACACACACACACACACACACACACACACACAUUAUUUUCUAACACACUCCACUCUCACACCCCUCAAAAAAAAAGAAAUCUCACUCUAUGCUGAGUUCAAAACUUGGGUGGCCUGGUUUUGUUACUGUGUAGUGUGUAAUCCACACAGACAAUGACAAUGAUACCAAUUGCAUAAGAACCACUAGAGAUCAAAUUACUUUUCCUACUCAUGCAGACUUAACAGGAAACAUCGACUUCCUAAAAUCAAAUGUACUGAGACACGGUUUGGUGUUGUUUUAACUUUGGCCCUGACAUGUUGGCCCACAUGUGCUUUUUUACACUUUUUUAACUAAUAUAUCUCUUCUCUUUACUUGUCUUCCCUCGCAGCCUGAAAUACUUAAAUGUGUCAGCCAAUGCCCUAGAAAAUAUUCCUCCCAGCAGCCAGUCAGAGGAGAGCCUCAGCACCCUCCAGGAGAUUUACCUGACAGGGAACAACCUGAAUGAGAACUGCGGUACUCUGUUGGUGGGACACCAGAACCUGCGAAUCCUGCACAUCGCCUACAACCAGUUGCUCUCUUUCCCUGCCAGGUGUGUCAGCUGGGCUGUCAUGUUAGCCAGUGCUGCUGAUUUGAGUCACUUUUAAUAGUUAAUAUAAGAUUAAAAACUUGUGCUUUAGUGUGUCUGUUUCCUGUUUUUAAUGUUAUUUCUCUGCUGCUCAGUAAACUCAGUAAGCUGGAACUGCUGGAGGAGCUCAAUCUGAGUGGCAACAAGCUAAAGACUAUCCCCUCCACUGUGUCCAGCUGUAAGAGACUGCACACCUUAAUUGCACACUCCAACCAAAUCACUGUCUUCCCAGAAAUCCUCAACCUGCCAGAGAUCAAGGUCAGACAUUUUCUUGCACAUUUACCCACCCUGUCUAUGAGGAUGUGAUAAUGUUUUACCUGUGUCAACUUGCGUGUGUCUUUUGAACAUUCAUAGCUCGUAGAUCUGAGCUGUAACGAGCUGACGGAGAUUCUGUUGCCUGAAUCGCUGCCUGCCACUCUGCAGGAGCUGGACCUGACAGGCAACAACAGUCUGAUGUUGGAACACAAAACCCUAAACCUCUUCAGGUGAAUCAUAAAAGAUCCAGAGCAGCUUUGUCAAAUUUAGGUCUUUGAUACAAAUUAUAGACUUGGAAGGAAAUGUUGUGCCCAUUUAUAUUAUUGUUUAGAAAAACUUGUUCCGUGUUUUGUAUUUCUUUUUUAGUCACAUCCCCACCCUAAAAUUAGACCAGAAAUCCACAACUACACCAGGAGACUCACUGAGUGCCUCCACUCCAUGGAACCACGGUUACUCUGAAAUGAGUGGCCAAAGAAACAAGUAGGUUCUUCUCUGUGUGUUUUUUUUUUUAUUAGCUUUCUUGUGGAAAUAAGAAGCUACAUUUGCACCUCUGCAAUAUGAUCUAUCAAAACCAUCUUUCAUAAGAAAUGAGCAGUAGUGAUGUCUCUCCCUAGACAUAAUCUCUUCAGCUUGUUUUGUACCCUUUGUCAUCAGUCACACAGCCAUUCUUAAUUGCUUUCUGUGUUGCAUCCAGUUUCUAACGAAUCUGUCUAUUUUGGCCUUUUUGUCGGAGCACAGAGCAGGUGUCUAUCACUGAGUCAUAAUCUGAAUCACUGGCAGGUGCCUAGCUCUGGCAUCCAGUAGUGUUGUUUCGUUCACGAAUGAUUCAUUCAAAAUAACCAAAUCUUUUAAGUGAACGUACUGAACCAAUCGAAUCACUCCCUCAAGUGAUUCAUUCGUUUUCACUUAAGUUGAACGACACUCUCUGGAAUCAUUUUUGUCUGAGGGAUACACUUUCAUGGUGACAAUUUUUUCAUUAGGCUGGCAGUAAUUAGAGAGUUUGACUAACCAGCUGUAGCAAGCUCUUGACAGGAGCGACAGAGGGAGAUAGUUGUGUUUAAGUGUAGCUCAGAAAAAACUAACUUUUCUUUUAAACUAUGCUAAAUUGCCACCACAAAAACUUGCAUACAGUAGGACACAGCAUGUAACAAGUAGUGUAUAAAACCUGCAGUUUGAGAAAUGUGUGACUGAUUCUAUUAUUGUGGUGAUUUGCGAGGAAACGGUGCAUGUUCAUUGUGAAUUCUACACUGAGUAAAUAAAGUAAGUGGAGUAAAUGGUCAGUGAACGAAUCACUCACUGAGCCCCAUUUACUGAGAAGAUAAAUAGCAUAGCACAAUUAAAACCUCAUGAUUUUUAAACAAGUUCAUUUUUACAAACCUGUUUGUUAAAGCAACACAGCCACAAAACUCUCAUCUCCUGGUCCCAGUAGCUAUGAGUCAGUGAUUCGGUGAACGAAUCUUUUGAACAAAUCUUUUUAGUGAACUGAUUCUAGUGAUUCAGUACAUCUAAAAGAACUGCAGUGCCCAUCACUACCAUCCAGGAAGUCAAUAAACCUUUCUUUGUGAUUUGCUCUCACAGGAGAGACAAAUAAUUACAUUGGAUUCAAUGAUUUACACAACAGUAAGUUCACCUCUGAGAACCUGCCUUCUGCUGUAGGGUUGUGGCCACCACAGCAGUGCCCCUCAUCAACUGUCACCCUUUGCCAUUUCCCUUGACCUGCAGCUGUAGUGCAGCAUGCUGAAGUGUAUGAGGUUUACUGUGUUGGAUCUGUUGAGUCUUUUUGUUUGUGUGCAGGUUGUGUGUCUCUGUCCUGGCUGUUGACCGCUUUGGAGACUCUGUGGAAGCAUGUUAUGGGAUCUUUGAUGGGGAUCGAAACGAGGAAGUGCCUAGGCUGCUGCAGUGCACCAUGGGAGAUGUGCUGUGUGAGGAGCUGCAGCACUCCAGUAUUGACAAUGUCUAUAUGUGCAACACUUUCCUCACCUCACACAGGUAAAAUUUUAACUUUUUAUUUUUUGACUCAAGUCUCCUAAUUUCAUUCUUUCUCCAUAUAACCUUUUUGUUAAACCUUUUUCCAGUGUCUUUAAGAAUUUUUCAGCAUAUUUUAUGUGUUUGUAUUGGAUAGGAAACUUGGAAUGGCUGGCCAGAAACUUGGCGCCUCUGCCUUGCUGUGUUAUAUUCACCAUGAGUCCUCAGAUCCAGGAGGCUACUUCAGCCUCACUGUAGCCAAUGUGGGCACAUGCCAGGCAGUGUUGUGCAGAGACGGGCGACCCGUUCCUCUCUCUAAAGUUUACAGCCUAGAAAACUGCACAGAAGAGAUGGAGAGAGUUAAACUCAGUAAAGCCAUUGUUACGGAGGUAAUAUACCCCUUCUUUAUUCAUUGUUUUUUUUUUUUAUACUGAGGUGAAAGUGUGUUUUCUGUUUUAAUGAUAAUGUCCAGCAUCAAAGACAGGGGUGUAUUUCUUUUGAAGUUGGUCUACAGAUCUCACAGCAUAUGUUUUUCUUUUGAAGGAUAACAAAGUGAGUGGAGUGACAUGCUGCUCUCGCCUGCUGGGCUGUUCUUAUCUGUCUCCCUGGGUGCUUCCAAAGCCCUGGGUGCACACUGAGCUUCUCUGUCCCCGGGAUGAGUUCUUGAUCCUUGGAAAUAGAGCGCUGUUUGAACGGGUCUCCUUCCAGGAGGCUGUGUGCACUGUGCAAGCUGUGCGGGAUCCUCGCGCAGCUGCAAAAAAGCUGUGUUCUCUUGCCCAGAGUUAUGGCUGUAAGGACAACAUUGAGGCCGUGGUGGUGUCCCUGCACCUUUCUGAGGACAGCUGUACCUGCGAACCACCUGUCACCACAACUGAACCAAGAGUUCCCCCUCCUACGCCUGCCCCCGUGCCUGUGACUGUGGUCCCUGGUCCGGGUGACACAGCCACCCUGACACCUAGCAAUGGUGUUGUUUCUGAGUUAAGCAGUGAGACAUCAGCUUCAGAGGUUGGCAGCGAGGCGGGAUCCACAGCCUCCGAUGAGCACCCAUCCUCAGGGCCUACAUCUCGCCCUGAGAGACGCUGUAGCCUGCAUCCUGCUACAUCACUGUGUGGAAUCAUGGUGCCAGGAGCUCCGGGGGUAGGAACCCACCCAGGCUUAUUCCAGCGGCAGCCCUCCUCUGCUACAUUCUCCAGCAACCAGUCUGACAAUGGCCUGGACAGUGACGAUGAAGCUCCUCUUGAAGGUGUUAUUUCCAAUGGCAGUAAGUUAGAGGUGGAAGUGGACAUUCACUGCUGUGCUUUCCAGUUACGGUCAGGAGCCCCUGAUAGCCCCAAAGACUUGGAUCAUGAAAAAGGAGGCUCUGACUAUCCCAAUGGCAAAAUGCGCAGACAAAACAGCGUGGUUGUUUCAGCUACAAAUGGCUGCCUUCUGGCUGUAUGUGGGAGAGAGAUUGCAGACCUCAAGAAGUCUCCCUCCACAUCCAGUCUGUUUGGGAAAAAGCUCUCCAAUGGCUCUGUGGUGGCCCCUGAGGACAGUCAUAAUCUCAUUGAGGUGGCCCUGGAGGCCCCCAAGAAGAAGUCUGGCUACUUCACUGCUCCAGCACAGCAAGACCCUGAGGAUCAGCUAAUUGUGCCUCCCAGUCUUGAGCAGGAAGUCAGGGAGCAGCUGAGAGGUCAGACCACUUUGGUCUCAGUCCCUCCUUUGCCUUCCAUACCACCUACAUUAAAGAAUCCUGUGUGGGAUCACCCACACCCCCCUGCAUUUUCCUCUAACAUUGUCCCAGGCCCAGGUCCAGUCCCCAUCUUACAGCAAGAAGUCUACGAUACUGCACUCUAG